UUACUUAUGCAGUAAUGUGUUAGCUUGUUUAUCAAGGGCCUACAAAGCGUUCCAGGCCUACAAAGUGAGUAGCCUUGCCUUUGAUGUAAGUACUUAACAGUCUGAUCCUUAAAAUAGUGGACAGAGACAGGCUGAUACUGGGUUUACCUAACCCUGGCAGAUAGUUUACUUAAAAAGAUACACCCAGGGUAUUAGUAGGAAAGUGUACUUGGAAGAUAAUACACGUUACCUUUACUCCAGGGCAUUACCUUAGAAUUGCACACCACAAAUCAAUACCUUACAGUUCAAUAGCCUUGUAGAAGUUUUAUCAGAAGAAAGUUUCAGUGAGUUCAGUGAGGGUAUUUCCAAGUCACUGGGCAUGGCAGGGCCUUGUUAGUGGUGCCCUCAGGGCAGCACUUUGGGUAGAAGUCCAGGGUUCACUCAGCAAAAUGGGUAGGAGUGCCUUCAAAAGCAGCAAGUCUGGCUUACCACAUUUUGAGAUAACUGAAAAGUAAUGCAGCAUACAUUUUCAUCAUGGGCAUAGCCAGGAUUUUUGUUAGGGUGGGCAGGCCUUUUGUUGAGUGGGGUGGGGGGUAGAAUCUGUUUGCUAUAUUAUAUAUUUUUUUGUAUUUAUUGAUGGGGGGGGCAGCUGCCCCUCCCUGUCUACAUCCAUGUAGCCCCAUCCAUGUAGCCCCUCCCUUGGCUACAUCCAUGAUUACCCUGUAACUGGAGGGCAAUUAAGUUCAGUACUGGAGCUGCGUACCGACCAAAUGUAAUUAAAGCACACACAGGCACCGGAUCCUGGGAGCUGUAGUUUAAGUGUGCUGGGAAUUGUAACUGAGUUUGCAGGAUUCUUGAGGGGGGCGGGGAGAGAGACACGUGCUUAACAUGUAUGGUGUGCAUACAGCCCGAGUCGCAAUUUUAUUCAAGUAAUAAGUAUGCGUAUAGGAUUGCCAUUUAAGGUUGCGGCAGUCUAGAACAAGUUUAAAUUUUUUUUAAAAAUUGUCCAGUAGUACCUUAAAGACCAACACAGUUUGUUCUGGGUAUAAGCUUAGGUGGUCUCUAAGGUGCUACUGGACAAUUUAUUAAUUUCGACUGCGUCAGACCGCUACCUACCUGAAUCUAGAACAAGUUUAUUAUGCACUCGCUUACUUUUGACCUGGAAUCCAUAGAUCCAUUUAGCUUAUUUUAUUAAAAAAAGCGCCUUUAGUUUAGAUUAGGAACUUAAUGCUGUGAUCGGAGGCGGGGAGGUGCAUCCUGAUCGGGCUACAGAGAGUUAAAAAUCCCCGGGUGCCUAUUGGGCAGGCUGGGCGGAGAUUUGCCAUUCAGAUCCUGUAGGAAGUAAGUUGCUGAGUCUUGGAAAGAGAGUAAAAAGAGAGAGUUCCAGUAAAGGAAGGGGGGGAAAGGAGACGCGGAGAGAGAGAGAGGGGAGCACAAACCACUAGUCAGAAAUUCAGAUGCAAAAUCAGGCGGAGAUGUUGAAGAGGCUGCUAAGGCAGGGCCUGGGAGAACUCGGCGGAUGAGGAGUCGCGCAACUUUCCGAGUCCCGGGAGAAGUGCGCGGCGGCGGCGCGGGCGCAACAAGGCGAGCAUUGCGCGAGAUGGAGCCUGCUGUGGAGGUGUAAGGAAGGAGGCAGUGUCUUCUCUCCCCCAUUUCUCUCGUUCUUUACACACACGCGCGCGCACCCCUUUAUCUUUUGCAUUGGGUGCUCCGGACGAGGCAGGAAUGCCCAGGAUCGCGCCUCUUCCCUUGGCCGAGCCGACCGGUGCCUGCAGCCGCUCUAGCGGUGGCCUUUGCUGAAGGAGCGCCGCCGCUCUCUCCCCUUCUCCCGGCGCAGCUGCACAAAAGACUUUCGAGGAGCCUUUUUAUUUUCCCCUUCUCCAGCUGCGGUCGUCAUGUCCCGGCGGAGGGGGCUCCUGCCUUACCCCGCCGCCGCCGCCGCCUGCGUAUACAUCUUCUCCCUCUUCAACACUGUUAGAGGUUAGUGGAUGGCUUCAAAACCAGAAUUAUAAUAGAGAGGAAUGGUAUUUUGAAAAUAAAACUGCUUCGGAAGGUGUUUGGGUAUAAGGGAAUAUGUGAAGCUGCGUCUUAGUCCCCAUCCCCCAGCAACAGGGUUUUAAAGCUUGGCAUACCGAGUGGGAGACAAACUAAUGGAAUUAGUUGUUGAAUAUUUAAGAGAGGUGUGCACGAACUCCAAAAGUGAUUGAGGAAGAAAGUUAAGUCGGUGGGGCUACUCUUUUUAAUAUAUAUUUAAAAUAAUGUGACUUAUUCCACAUUGUUGAUGAUUUGAAUUACCCACACUGCCCUUCUGGACAAGAUUCCUAGGGUGUGAAAACAGCACAUAUAAAGACUUUGCAUAAAUAUUAAAACAAAACAGCAUGUGGGGGGGGGGGGAAGGAAGUUGUGGAUAAUCAUUCUGGACCAUUGGUGGGGAUCCUGUGGCUCUCCUGCUCCCAUUAGCCCAGCUUGCUUAGCCAAUGGUUUGGCAUUAUGGGAGCUGUAGUUUGACAAUUUCUGGUGUGCGAUAGGCUCGCCAUCUGACCCCUGCUCUAUACAAUAGAGAAAAGUAGUUAUCAAUAAGUCAUCGUAAGUUCUCGAAGGUUCUAGUACAAAAUGUAAAAGGUGUAAUGAUGUAGUUGAAUCAGACUUAAUUGCAGCCUAUCCUAUGCUUGUUUGUUCAGUAGAGCUGAUGUUUGUUGUUUUGGAGAGGCAUUUGGGAGUGGAAACGAGUGAGUGACUAAGCAUCAGUUUGCCAAGUAUCUUGGGCAACCACUUGCCAAAAGUAAAGGCAGGAGAAGCAGAAGCCAAAGAUGGUUGGUAGUGCUGCAUUAAGAAUGCAGGUGCCAAGUUUUCACAAUGAGGCAUGCGUAGGCCCCUGGAGUGAAUUUGCAAAAGGAAAACUUCACAUAUAUAGUAUAUAUACUGUGUAUAAUCAUAGGCUAUGCAUGAAGACUUCCCUCACAGAAAACAUCUUGUUUUCAUGCACACUAUAAUGCAUCCUUUACAAAGAAAGACCACUUGGGAAAAGCAGCCACCAAAGAUGGGUCAUGUUUAUCUUGCAGCACAAGAGAGGCUUCUGUGGUGGGUUUUUCCAUCAGAGCCAAGCUGUAGAAGUGUUUAUCGUGCUAGAGCUGGCUGUCACAUAAGGUCUUUUAUAAAAAAAUAGGAGCUGGCUUCAUAUAAACAUGUUCACUUCCUAUGUUACUUUACUGAAAUUGUGUUUUAAAAAAUGUAUAGGGGGAAGUGUUUUCUGAAUGACCAGAGAAGCAGAGACUUGUAAUAUGUCAGUGGCUUGACAGGAGUUGGGCAGCACUCUGUAGCUGGCCCACAAAAUGUGUGUAUCAACAGUGUUUGGAUGUUGGUUUCUCAAGCAAGCCAGGGUUGGAAUUAUGCCCUGGAAUUAUGCUUGUUGUAUGCUACCUCCCACUGCAUGCUUCACUUAGAAAUGGUUGUACGCCUUUAAUACUGCUGCAUAAAUAGCAGAUUAUUCCUGCUCAGAUUGACUGCUCUUGCCCAGAUGUUGUGCAGAAAAGAUCCCGUAGGCUGCUGCUGUCCCAAUAUCACAUGCCUCUGGCUUGUGAGUAUUGAAUGGCUGAAUGUGUUCUAGUGCACGGCCAGUGAAGUUGCAGAGAUGCCACCCUCUCUCUGGUCUGCUGUCCCAGAUCAGCUACUGAGCAAGCUGAGAUCUGAUGUUUCAUCUCUCAUCUUGAAAAAUAGGUGUACAUCGUUUAGCACUUCAAAAACAAGUAGAUAUAAUGCAUGAGUUUUUAAUACUUACUUUGCACCCCUGUCAAAAUUGUAUCCCUCCCUCACACACCCCCAACAUACAUAUGUCCCUCUCACAAACCGCACACAGGCAUAUUUAUUCCCUUCACACACCCACCCCAAACAUACAUACAUCACCCCACUCUCUCAGCCCAAAUGCAUAUCCCUCUUCCUUUGCGAUUACACAUACAGUAGAACCUUCGGUUGUGAACAUGAUCUGUGCGGGAGGCACAUUCGCAACCCGCAGCGCAGUGUCUGCACACACGUGUGUUGCGAUUCGGCGCUUAUGCGCAUAGCACGACUUAGUGCUUAUGCGCGAGUGCCAAAACCCAGAAGUAACCCGUUCUGAUACUUCCGGGUUCAGCGCGGUGCACAACCCGAAAUUGCAUAACCUGAAGCGUCUGUAACCUGAGGUACCACUGUACACAUAGGCUAUAUCUUCAUGCAUAACCUUUCUCAGAUCAAACAUACAUAUGUUCUCCCCUCACCCCUUCUCAUACACAGACCAACAGAAUAAGGGAUGACUUCGGGACAACUUUAGAUAUGUCAGUGCCUGUUCUCUUGGCAGAUGUCUGUCAAAGAGCUGUGUUGGGACUAUUGUUGUUGAACUGGUUUGUAAAUGAACUGUACUGAAAUAUGACAGGGCUUUUAAUUUAUUUUUUGGUAGAAUAAAAACAUAUUCUCUUGUAUGCUAGUGUCAUUACCAAGUCUUUAUCAGGGCCUCAUAGAGGUCUGCUCCUUCAGAUAAGGGAUCUUCAACUCUCCCUUAUGCUUUCCUCUUUGUCAGGCAUCCCCAGGAGAUAGUGGUGAAGAAAGAGAGAGCUGGGGGAAUAUGAAAGAUAUCCUUAGAAAAACUCGCCAGUAGUAGCCUCUCAUAGUGACCAUGCAAAUAAUGGCCAAUGGGAAACAUUCUGAACUGAUCUUUUAGGAUUUCAAAAUGCUUGGAAGUUUAUUCUAUAGAAUCUGUAUCCUUGGAGUCUGUAUCCCAUUGACUGUCUCUCAGUUUUGCCCACUAUAUGUAUUAUUUCUGUUUACAAACUGGCAUGUCUCCUCUUUCUUGGCUCAGAUGUUUUUAGGGUUAGCAAAUAAGCACCUAUAAAUUAUGGGCCUUUCUAAAUGUCUUGUGGAAUGUGUGUACUUCCCCCUGCUUCCUUUACUGUUCUAAUUGCAAUAUUUGUAAAACCUCUAUUUGGCUUUUGUUAUGAGGUUUAAGAAUAUUGAGAAGUGGCAAAUCCCUUGCCAAAUUUCUCCCUUAAAAAAAUAUGUAGAAUCUGGUGCUGGAGUUGUUUGAGACUCCUGUUUUUACUUUGCUAUUUGGCAGGGGAGGGGGGAAUUCAAGUAGUUUGAGUCAAAGCAUUGCACACCUUACUGUUGGCUCCAGUUGUCACUUCUCUGCACCAUUGUUCUUUGUUAAAUGAGUGCCGCAGCUUGUUGAUAUCUAGUGUAUUUUAUUCUAUAAUAACAUUUUAGGAAGCUCCCUAAAAGCCUAGAUAAUUUUUUUUGUGCUUUUCCACCUGACAGUGUAUUUGUCAGUGGCUACUUCCAGAUCAAUUGGUCUUUUGUAAGAUACAAAUAGAAAUUGAAAUCGACUUUCCACAUGUUUGUGAGCGUUGCUGUUUUUUGCUUGCUUGCUUUGUUUUCUGUGUUUUUAAAGUAAGCAAACCAUUGGCUUAGGAUAUUUCAAUAUCUUUUUAUUUAUUUAAAAAUAGAUACAUGGAUAAGUAUACAGUGGUACCUCGGGUUACAUACGCUUCAGGUUACAUACGCUUCAGGUUACAGACGCCGCUAACCCUGAAAUAAUAUACCUUGGGUUAAGAACUUUGCUUCAGGAUGAGAACAGAAAUUGUGCUGUGGUGGCGCGGCAGCAGCAGGAGGCCCCAUUAGCUAAAGUGGUGCUUCAGGUUAAGAACAGUUUCAGGUUAAGAACAGACCUCCAGAAUGAAUUAAGUUCUUAACCCGGGGUACCACUGUAUUAGGUGUGGGGAGGGCAAAGUCUGAAGGCAAAGUCAUUCUGAAAGACAUAAAUCUCUUGACUACCAGAUACUGGGGGCUCACAACAGGGGACGGGCCAUAAAACUUUUCUUGUGUACCACUCUGAAUAAUUUGGUUGGCUACAGUUUGUAGUACUGAUGGCAAAUUUCUGGCUCACCAGCCUGCCAUCAGCCCAAAUCAGCCUGACCAAGUAUUGGGUGUGGUAGGACUUGCAUUCCACAAUGCUAGUCUUAUAGACAGAUGUUGAGGUAGAUGGGAUCAGAACAUCCUUGAUAAUUGUGUGUAAAACAAGCUUGUUUUUUAAGAGCUGAGUGAGUUUCCACCAGAUAAAUUGGUCAGUUACUGUCAUUCCUUUGUCCUUUGUCUAACAAACGCUGGACCUUUACUAUAUUUCGUUAUAGCUUCCACCCGUGGUAGGUACUAGUGUACCUGAGGUUUAAUUGUGGGUAAUACAGAUACCUUGUGUUCACAAAGUCUGUUGUUGUGACCUUAACAGCAAUGAAAUAAAUCUUGCCCUUCUCAAAAUAACUUUGACUGAAAAUAAACAAACUGUGGUUUCCUCCACCCCACCCCCCACACCUCAAGUUUAUCCUUGGGAUGUCUGUGUACAGGAAAUCUUUAAAUAUCAUCACAUUUUUAUCAUCCUUUUUAAAGGAAUUGGAACUUUGCCUGUAUAUAUUAGGCGGUCAUGGAAAUAAUAUCCUCUUGGAACCAUUUUCUUUUGUCUUGGGGCAGUUGAGAAUAGCAUGCAGUCGAUUUAGAUCGAGGGUCAUCUAACCCCCAUUUCCAAGCCUUAGAAAUGGCAGUGAAGAGUUGCUUGGAUAAGACCUGCAUUGACACAGUUAUCUCUGUAGAUCACACAAGGCCGGCUGUGGCUCUGCCAUCAAAUGUCUUGCCAGUCAUAUUGCAAUUGUUCCAACAACCCACGUUUACAAAGCUGUUGUUGUUGUUGUUUAGUCGUUUAGUCGUGUCCGACUCUUCGUGACCCCAUGGACCAGAGCACGCCAGGCACUUCUGUCUUCCACUGCCUCCCGCAGUUUGGUCAAACUCAUGCUGGUAGCUUCGAGAACACUAUCCAACCAUCUCGUCCUCUGUCGUCCCCUUCUCCUUGUGCCCUCCAUCUUUCCCAACAUCAGGGUCUUUUCCAGGGAGUUUUCUCUUCUCAUGAGGUAGCCAAAGUAUUGGAGCCUCAGCUUCAGGAUCUGUCCUUCCAGUGAGCACUCAGGGCUGAUUUCCUUUAGAAUGGAUAGGUUUGAUCUUCUUGCAGUCCAUGGGAUUCUCAAGAGUCUCCUCCAGCACCAUAAUUCAAAAGCAUCAAUUCUUCAGCUACCAGCAUGCAUAUUUAUAGUGUAUUCUCUGGUUGCCCUUUUGAUUUCUUCCUGCAGCUACAUUCCUGGAUGAUUCUCUAAAAUGGUGGUUUAGACUUCAACACUUGGGGUGCAGAAUAAAGUGCUUUGAUUAGAGGAGGGCAAGGUAGAUUACAGCCUUUCAGUACCAGUACCUUUUAACUAUUAUCUCAGCCAGGUGGGGUCUCCUUAGUUACGAGAGGAUCCCAUUUGUUGGACUGUUGGAGGACUCGGUCUCAGUGACCCAGACCUAUGGACUGGACGAAUUUCAUAAGUGGAAUGGAAUCCCCCUCCCCUCUCUCUUUCUUGUUCUUAUAUUCGCUCUGUUGAGCCUAGGCUGGCCUACAUUUCAUAGUAGCAAAUUUGUGGCUCACAAAGCAUACGUAGCCAAAGGCUGGAAAAACAAUUAUUAUUUACGGUAUAUUUGCCGCAUGAAAAGAACUCUGUGGCGGGCGUGCAGGACAACAAUAGUAGAGCAGUGUCAAGGCUUGCUUUUAUUGCACUUACCCUCUGCAAUCAAUAUAGGUGUUGUUGUUGUUGUUGUUGUUGUUGUUCUGAGAUAGUCAUUCAAUGUUUCCCCCCCUCAGUAGAUUAUGGAAAGGGUGGCUUAUAUAUGGAAAGGUGUAUAUAUAUGAAAAAGAGCCUGUUGAUUCAAGGAAGAGGUCCAUCUAGUCCAGAAUUUAUCUCUCACAGUACCCAACCGAAUACCCACGGGGAGCAAAUUCAGGUUCUGCUUGUGAAACAGCACUCUGCCCACUUAUAGUUCUCAGCAACUGGUAUUCAGAGACAUAAUGCCUCAAAAAAAAAAUCUAGCAUUUUUUUUUUUAUUAAGGAGGGAAUCCUGUAGGAUACACUCCUCAGAAGCAGUGUGGUGUGAGAGCCAGCGUGGUGUAGUGGUUAAGAGCGGUGGACUCGUAAUCUGGUGAACCGGGUUUGCGUCUCCGCUCCUCCACAUGCAGCUGCUGGGUGACCUUGGAUUAGUCACACUUCUUUGAAGUCUCUCAGCCCCACUCACCUCACAGAGUGUUUGUUGUAGGGGAGGAAGGGAAAGGAGAAUGUUAGCUGCUUUGAGACUCCUUAAAGGGAGUGAAAGGUGGGAUAUCAAAUCCAAACUCCUCCUCCUCAGUUCUUAGCCUGCAAAUAUGCCUGAUGGUCACUGAUGCUAUAGUCCAUUGAUUCCUGUACUGUCAGUUUUCAGAGAGUGCUCCCCUCCCCAACCAAAUAAAUUUAUAAAUUGGCUAAACUUUGUGUAUAUAUGGAGCCAUUGACUACUGUAAACUGCUUUGCUUGUGCAUGGAAGCUGAUUUGGCAGAUAUUGAAUAAUACAUCACUUGUCUACCUGGAGGCCUGGGGAUAAAUUCAAGUAAGUCAUUCUCGGUGUAGAUCCACUGAAAUAUUUGAAGUCCACUGAUUCCAGUUGUUCUACUCUUUAGUAUGACUUAGCUAGAUGCAACCCAUAUACUGGAUCUUACUAGUUCCAGCUCUUGUUUACAAUGGAACAAGCUAAUGAUGGUGGUUAAAUAUUUGAACAUGUGUGUGGACAAUGUUAUUUUGAGUAAAGGCUUAUAGCUUGAUAAUGUUCAUGUUUACUCAGAUACAAGCUCCUUUAAGUUCAGUGAGACUUACUCCCAAGUAAAUAUUUGUAGGAUGGUAGCCCUGGUCCUGGAAUAUGUUUUCACUGCCUGUUUCUGUUGUAAAUAACUGUGCACAAUGAUCAUAUGAAGAGCCUGGCCUGGAUUUAGAUUAGGUCAUAGAUUUUUAUCCCAUCUUUCUGAGUAUUUAACCUCACAUGGUGGUUUACGCCCUCAAGCCAAACAGCCAUAUUCUAGGGAGAGAAUAUAGCAUAAGGUUUAUUAUUAUUUUUAAAAAAAUUGUUUACAAAGGUAUGCGCAAUGUCUCUUUUUUCAAGUUACAUUUUCUGCAGGUCAGUUUCAUUUGUUGAGACAUUAGGGUUACAUUAGGAAGAAAAGGGGGGGAAGAGGUGGAGGGGGCCAUGGUGCGUGGGGUUGGGGUUGGGAGGCAAUGUUUCUAUUUUACUUAAUGUAUGUGUGGGGUUGUGGGGCUGGAAGCAUGACUAACAGCCCUUCCCUCUGCUGCUGAUGUUGAGUUAUCAGCUCUGUGUAAAAGAAUUCGCUCAUUCCAGGGAACUGCCAUUUAAACAGUAGGGAUGCUCUUAUGCUGCUUCUGAAAUGCACUUUAAAAUAGCACCACUUUAGAAAAUGCAUCUGCAUAGCACACCAUGUUCUCUUCAUAGUUUCCCCUCCCCCUAAUAUUAUUCUGGGCUUUUUAAAAGGAGGAGUGCAACGGAGUGGCUUUUAGUUCUCUAUUCAUUUAUUUCCUUCUGUGUUGUUUACAGUUUAACAAGCCACAUUAACAAGAUUAUUUUAUGUACUGCCAAGCCGCCUGUGGCAAAUGACUAUAAAACAAUAUAGGGCUUCUCGAUGUUUGUAUUCAUUAUAUGGCCAGUCAAGAACCUUCCAGAUAUUGCUGUAGUAGAGCGUGUGAAUCCAGGACAAGAAUUUCCACUAGUUCAGUAAUAAAUCAAGGAAGAUGCUAGUUCAUAUUGCUUAUCACAGCAUGGUCUAUUCAAGGCAUAGCGUAAACAAGAAUGCUGCUGCAAACCUGACAUUUCAGUUGUGUUCUUAAGAACAUCAUUUGCAUAUCUGUUCCAUGAACAUGGUGUUUGAAGAGCCUGAGAAGCGUUGUGUAUAGGGUUUCUGUGACAGAACCACCAAGUCAACUGGACAACAUAGGGAAACCCAGCCCAGUGUUUUGACAAGGGAUGGAUGCCUUAUUUGGGGAGCACCAGAACACUAGCGCUUCUCUUUAUCCCCUGACUGAAAAUGCCACAGGUUUUUUUUUGCUAGGCCCCAAAGCCUGAAUUGAGCUCUGUGUCUGAUUAAAUUCAGAUCUUUGGAAAACUGAAUCUGGGACACCUGCCUCCUUCUGAAGCAUUAAGUUUCAUAUAGUGAAAAGAAUAGGGUGUCACUUCUGGACUUUGUUUGGGGAAUUCUCAGUUCUUGAGUUGGAAUGAUGUAUGCAGCCACCGCCCAAGUUUUUAAGUUUUCACAUAUCCGCACACAUUGCAAGAAAUCUACCAAGGAAGCUGUUACGAAGGGAAGCUUGAAAUCUUCCACUACAGAAUUGGAAUAUGUUCAUUCUGUGUUUGCCAUGUAGUUCAGUUCUUUCUCUUUUGAAGCUACGAUUGCUUGCAACGAGAAGUCGUGGGGGGAACUGACCGGUGCUUUUGUUGACUCGGUAGGACUGUGUACAUAUUGUCAUUGAAUUGAUCCCUCAGUGUGGAAAAAAAAGAAAUCACAAUUGUUUUAGAAUCUAGCCUUGCGUCAGGCUCUUUUUAGAUUUCGGUGUCAAUUCAAUGUCAUCAGCUGUGUUCAUUUAAUUAGAUAUUGACCCUAUUAAUAUCUGGGCACAGAAAAAUUGACACAUCAGUAUUAUUGAUAGCUUUGCCUUGUCUAUAAAUACUAUCACAUCAUAACAAAAUAGUUCUCUUCCCUUCGCUUUCACAUGUGCAAUUUUUAAGACAAAUUCAAGGAGGAGAGGGCUAUCAGUGGCUACUAUGCUCUGCGUCAACAGUUGGAGGCAGCAAUUCAUGCUUCUGAAUAUCAGUGGUUGGAAACAGGAGAGUGCUCUUGUGGUCCUGUUUUGCUCACUGGUUUCCUAUGAACGGGACGCAGGUGGCGCUGUGGGUUAAACCACAGUGUCUAGGACUUGCCAAUCAUAAGGUUGGCGGUUCGAGCUCCCGUUGCUCGGUUCCAGCUCCUGCCAAUCUAGCAGUUCGAAAGCACGUCAAAGUGCAAGUAGAUAAAUAGGUACCGCUCCGGUGGGAAGGUAAAUGGCGUUUCCGUGCGCUGCUCUGGUUUGCCAGAAGCAGCUUAGUCAUGCUGGCCACAUGACCCGGAAGCUGUACGCCGGCUCCUCGGCCAAUAAAGCAAGAUGAGCGCCACAACCCCAGAGUUGGUCACGACUGGACCUAAUGGUCAGGGGUCCCUUUACCUUUACCUUUUCUAUGGACAUCUGGUUGGCCCCUCUGAGAACAGGAUGCUGAACUAGAUGAGCCGUUGGCCUGAUCCAGCAGGAUCUUCUUAUAAGAGUGCAAGCCUGCAGGCAAUAUCUGUUUGAUUUGUUUUGCUUUGUACUUUGCCUUGGUGUUGAACAUAGCCUGCAGAUUAUUAUAGAGAUGAAACCUUGCAGCUCAAUCUGGUAGCCAAUUAAUUACCAAAGAACUACCAUAGCAAUGUGGUCCUUAACCAGAAUCGAAGUACUGAGCUUUCAGCCACUUCAGUUUAAUUGCUGGCUAUAAAUCACCUUGAAUUUUUAAGUGCAGUUGUUUAAUUGGCUGCAUGUCAGGACUCUGCAGUUUAGAAAUGAGAUUCAUCAAGAAAGAUAUGUAUCAAAGAUGUAUAAAACAGUGAACACCACAUGAGAACUUUAAUAGACCAGCAGUCUAAAACCUAGCGUAAUUAUCAAUCGAGUAAAUGGCAGCAUUUUUGAAAUGAGACAUAAUAAUAUUAUAAUAAUUUAUUAUUGAUACCCUGCCCAUCUGGCUGGGUUUCCUCAGCCACUCUGGGCGGCUCCCAACAGAAUUAAAAGCAUAAUAAAGCACCAAACAUUAAAAACCUCCCUGUUAAUUUCAUUGUUUAAAGAUGCUGUUAUGGGAUGCAGUCCUGCUCCCUUUGUGUUUUGGAGAGCAGGGAACAGAGGUGAUAUCAGCAAGAUCCUUUCCUUCCUUGCCAUGGCACAUCUGUGCUGGGAGCGCAGUUCUGCCAAGUGUGUUGAAACACAUCCAUGAUGAGAUCAUCAUAGAAUUGGCAUACUCAGCUUAGAUGUAGGUAGACAUUGGUGGAGGAAGUUGUUCUUUUGUCUUAUGAGGAGCCACAAAUGCAGAAAGGAGGUUUUUAUACCCUUGGCCAGUAAUUCAGAAAGUGCUCCAAAUUCAUGGAGAGAAGUCUCUGCUAUCAGCUGUUGUCUUGGUUUCUGUAAAAGCAAUGCUCCUUGUGAGACUGAUAGACUGAGAUACUAAAUAACGCUCCACCCCCUCAGUUGGUACAUUAUGAGACCCUUAAUCUCAGGGUCGUGGGUUUGAGACUCGAAUUGGGCAAAAAGAUCCCUACGUUGCAGAGAGUUGGACUAGAUGAUCCUCAUGGUCCCUGCCAAUGCUACAAUUCUAUUAUUCUCUUUUUGUCUCUGUGUGUAUGUAUGUGGCUUGUCUGAUUAUGGGGUGUGUGUAUUAUUUCUGCGCAUAUACACACUGACUUUUGUGUUUUAUUGGCUAUUGUCCAGGAUAAACAAACUGCCCUGCAUAACAUGGAUAUCCGGUGGAAAUUCUUAUAUUAAUACUUUAAAGGAAUAAAUAGGUCACAGCGAUGAAAUGAGAUAGUUAUGUAACCUGCAUGUGCGUUCAGACACAUAAUUAAAUGCCAUGUUAUUAAAAGGUCAAGUUCAGAUCAGUGCAGUUUACUCAGUUCAACCAGAAUCCAUUCAGAUCUUAAAUAGUCUUAAAAUGAGGGGUGCCUGUGAUUCCUCUUUUUAAAAGCAAGUCAAUUGACCUCCACAAGUUCUUGUAUUCCAUUGAAUAACCUAGACAUAUUUUAUUUAAAUAGAGUUCCAUAAUUUUUCCAGACAAACUUUUGCCCACAGUUAGAUUUCUAAAAUUCCAUUGAGUAUGCGCAGCCACAGAAAAACACUGUAAUUUACACAGCACUUUCAGCGUGCUAACUCACCAAUGUUUUUACCACACUGCGAGCAGGGUGGGGAAAAUUCAAAGCAUCUGGUUGCCAUGUGCCUAGAAAGUUUGUGCUGGUGCUUAGGAAUUUGAAAUAUUUGCUAGAAAGGUGCCUAGGAUUUUUCUUCUCUCAAAUACUGGCCUGCUGCUUACAGUGUAAGAUGCAUCUUUUUAUUCUGUCAGGGCUCCUGUACCUGUCUCUUAACAUCUGUGCAACUAGCAGAAAUAAACACUUUCCCUUAUCAUCCCAUCUCCGUGCCAUGAAUGGGAAAGUUACGACUGUUGACUUUUCGUCUCUCAUGUUGCUGUUUAAAGGAGCCCUGCUAUAAAAAUUCUGGGUACUGGUGGUAGAUAGGAAUAUCACUUUGUCAGAGGAUUCUUGUCCAAACACAUAGGAAGGUAAUACAGUGGUUCCUUGGGUUACAUACACUUCAGGUUACAGACUCCGCUAACCCAGAAAUAGUACCUUGAGUUAAGAACUUUGCUUCAGGAUGAGAACAGAAAUCGUGCUCUGGCGGCGCAGCAGCAGCAGCGGGAGGCCCCAAUAGCUAAAGUGGUGCUUCAAGUUAAGAACAGUUUCAGGUUAAGAACGGACCUCCGGAACGAAUUAAGUACUUAACCCGAGGUACCACUGUAUGGUUGUUUGGGCUGAAAAAACCCCACCCCAAAACUUUGAGGCUUCAGUACAGUGGAAUACUUUGGUGAUCAGACUAUCUCAAAGUGCACGGUGUGGCUUUUAAAAUAACCCUCAUUUUAAAAUAACCCUUAUUUUAUUUAUUAAGUUUAUAUCCCAUCCUUCUUCCCAAAGGCGCCCAGAGUGGCAAGUCUUAGCUCCAAGCAUUGAAAAUGUUAAGUCGUUCAAAUGCUGACUGACUGCCUAUAGAAACAUUAAUUCCUAGCACUAAAAACAACCUAACCUAGCAUGUUUUUAGCUAAAUAUGGGAGUUUUUGAUAACUUGCUAGGCAAGGGCUGUUUAUUUAACCUUUUCUUAGUAGAAAACAAGCAAUUACCUCAUUUUUAUAAAGCAACAAAUGCAGGCUUUUUUGGGGGGGGGGGGGGAGCAAAGUCAUCACACAUCAAGAGAAAGAUAUUCCUAAAGGGUUGUCUCUAAUAAAGUCAUACUUAGAGUACACUCACUGAAAUCUUUGUAGUUAAAUUAGUCAUGGCCAUUGAUUUCAGUGCGUCUGCUGACUGCAAUCCUGUCCAUGUCUACUCAGCCUUAGUUUUGUUUCUGAUCUGCCGUAUUUAUUCUGGUGUGAAUAGUAACAAGCACCCUGUUAUUUCUCAUGGGGUUUUUUUUGGUCAAUUUCUCUGGUUUGCUCUCUUAAAGGUCUCAAUAUUUGCACAAGUGGCAGUGCUACCUCCUGUGAAGAAUGUUUGCUUGUUCAUCCCGAGUGUGCUUGGUGCUAUAAAGAGGUGAGUUGUCACUUUUCUUUGGUCCUGCUUACUUUAAAACUAGCUUUGUAUAUUUGCAGCCUAGAAUCCUUAACCUCAGGUGUUUUUUGUACAAGGCAGACUGGUCAACAGAUUACUUCCUUAGUUCCUGUAUUAAAUCAUAGCUUCCUCAGUUCCUGUACUAAAUCAUAAACAACACCAAGGGUGCGACGCCAAGCCUCUGCCCAAAAUCUCCGUUUUAAUUCUAGCCUGAAGAGGAGUUCUGUGUAACUCAAAUGUUCACAUGUCUUAUUGUGAACCUUGCUGUUAAAUAAGUUUGUAAUUACCUAUAUAAUAACACUUAAUUGACCAUUUGAGGCAAUGGUGCCAGGAAGUUGUAUUUUUUUCUCCCCUCCCCCUUUGCAAUAAAAAUGGCAUCAGUAGUAUGCAGUCCAAGCAAAAAGAAAUGGUUGAUAACUAACAUUAGUCAUAAUAGACCCACUGAAAUCAAUGGGCUUAAGUCUAUUGAUUUUAAUGGUCCAACUCUUUUAAGAUUAGUUAAUAUUAAUAUUUCAAUUACCGUAUUUUUCUCUCCUUAGGGCGUACUGGACCAUAGGGCGCAUCUAGUUUUUAGGGAGGGAAUUAUCCCCCCCCCCAGGUCCAGAAGCGGCGGCAAGAUUGUGCGCAACCUCGCCGCCGCUCCCGGAGCUUGCAGGGCUAGAGACGGGGGAAGCCCGAGCUUCCCCUGACCCCAGCCCCCAGAACAGGCAGCUAUCCGCAAGCCUUCCGAGUGCAGCGGGAACUUCCGAGCACAGCAGGAUGGUUGCCUGAAGCCCGGCGAGCACAGCGGGAAUUGGCGCAGCACUCGCCGGGCUUCAGGCUGCAGGUUGCUGUCCGCAAGCCUUCGGAGCGCUCCGAAGGCUUGCGGAUAGCUUCCUGAAGCCUGGAGAGCAAGAGGGGCCGGUGUGCACCAACUCCUCUCGCUCUCCAGGCUUCAGUGAAAGCCUGCAUUCGCUCCAUAGGACGCACACACAUUUCCCCUUUAUUUUUGGAGGGGAAAAAGUGCGUCCUAUAGAGUGAAAAAUACGGUAAUAUUAAGUUGCAGUGUAAUACAUGCUUAAGUGCAAUUGUUUUAUUUAUAAUAUCCUCUCAUGAAUUAGAAUGAUAAUGCUUAUCAUGUUUUAUCCUUUAUAUAAAAAAGAAAAAUUCUAAAGAAUAGAGCUUUUGCAUAAUUAUGGCAUAAACAUCCUCCUUUUGUGGCGACUCUUCUGUAACACUAGGCCUGCUGAACCCAAUGCGACUUAAAUGCACAUGAUUAAUGUGGGCCUGGGCCUGCAGUCACUGUGAUCUGAAGUGGAAUCCUGGUAGCUAUUGAAGUCACUUUGGUGUAACGGACUUCCCUGCCCCCUUAAAAUGUGCCUUGGGUUGUGGGUAUCAUGCUGUAUACGCAACCUGACUUUAUACAUUUGGAAAAUGGCCUGAUGUUUUCAUUGCAAUGUCUUAUAUGCUGUCUGUCAGGGAACUGCCAUCAGCUCAGAGGCGAGAGGUGGAAGGGCAGUUGGGUUACAGGGAGCCUCCAAAGAUUGUGAGAAGCAGCACUUCCUCCGUGGAGGAGGGAAGCCACGCCUCCAGUGGGGAAGGGAUGCAGGGCUCGGAGGAUGCAAGGGAGAGGCACAGCACCGGGCCUGAGCCAAGCGGGGGGAGGCAGGUCCCCCUUUGCCCACGCCUUCUCUGCGCAGUCGGUUUACGCGCAGAGAGGGUAGACGUAGGAUGGGGGUCAAAAGACUACUCUGCUGGGGAAAGUUUAAGGACCGCCCACUCCCAGAUUUUGCUAGUGACUGAGCAAGACAUGGAAUUGAGACGUUCUGCACUGUGAAUGUUUUUGCACCGAUAAUAAAGCUUUGAAAAGACCAGUGGGGGUCUUGCCUGUUCGCUCGCGAGCAACCACGCCGACCUACACAACACUGUCCCUCAAAAGUUACUUCUGUUGCCACAUUUGGACAGUGUGCAUUCAGUCAGGGCCACUGCUGUUUCCACUGUUUGGCUCCAUCUGUAUUCUCUUAGUGGGGUUUUGGUGCUUCAGGGAGACCAGCACCCGCAGUUUCUCCAUCCUAUUUCCACCUGUAGGGCCUCUUCUUAUUCUGUUCUCCCUACAGAAGUUCCACUACAGCAGGGGUCGGCAACCUGCGGCCCAUGGGCCACAAGCGGCCCACAGGGGUCGUUUAAAUGGCCCAUGAGCCCCCCCCCCAACUGAGCCGUCCACUCGGCGAGUCCCCAUGCGCUGCACUAAACCGGCACAGCACGGAGCGGGGACUCGCUUCCGCGGUGCCAGAAAUCGCGUCUGUGCAGACGCGAUCCGGCCCACGGAGCGAUCUCUGCGGGAGUAAACUGGCCCAGGCGAGGUAAACCGUGCCGCCCCCUGCACUACAGUGAUGAUCGAGCUUCAGGGCAAUAGAAAUGGAAAUACUGGGGCAUGCCGGAAUGGGGGAAUUGGCUCUUGUAUAUACUUAGGCUCACUUCCUUGGAGACCUGCCAAGGCCAAUGUUGUGGGACUCUCUGGAGCAGAUUUUGGGGGGCAUGGGGAGAAGAGAGGAAACAUCAGUCCUGUUGCACCAGUAGAAAUACUUUACAGGAUGCAACCUGUAAGAAGCGAGUUUCAAUUUAAGCACAGUAAUAGGAUAACACUUAAGUUGGUCAUCUGAGGUCAUAGGUGGCAGAGUACUGUUGCCUGCAGGGAUGGGAAACAAUCACUCUUGUUACAUUUAUACAUCCAGCCAGGAGGAUAAUGGUGUUUAGUUCUUCAUAUGCUCAGCCUCUUGUACAAAGAGUGCAUACGCAUAGGGGAAGGGUUACUCUCCACCCGCCCCCCCCCCCCCACAAUGCCUCAGAGACAUCUUGUAUGCAUCUGUAAGAAGUGUGUUUCUGCCAAGUGUAUAAGUGGUGGUGACAUCAGAAAGAAAAAAUAUUGCUUGCGAAGCUGUGGUGUUGGGCUAGAAUUGUUUUAUUUUCUUGGCACCAAAGGGCUAUUUUUUGAGUGGCUCUGCCAACAGAAAUGUUUAUCUGGGAGUUGUUGUGACCGCUAGUUAUAGGUCAGCCUUCAGCAGUAGCUGCUGAUGCUGCGUUAUCAAAUCAAUUAUUUGGUUUAGAUUCGCCCCCCCCCCCCGCCCGAUUUGACUGGAGAGCAAAGAGGUGAAAAGGGGCUGUUUGUAGACAAUAAUUCCUGAAGGCCACAAUAGCUCUUAGUUUAAAUUACCUCCCUUUAAUUGUGCCACUGCCCAUAAGGAAAAGGUUUUCAAUGUUUAGUGAAAAAAGUUGACAUUGAUAUUCUAACAGUACAGAGUUGUAGCAGACCUUUUAAGUGUCCUUGUUUCUUCCCCACUUUGUACAAAAGUUCCAACUUUGCGUGGGGGGGGAAACCCUAGCCAGGAAAAUUUAUAUUUAGAGUCAUGAAAACCUUGUUAGCCAAGGAAAAAGUUUAGGGUUUCCUGGGCCAGAUUAAACUUAUUUGGUGCCCUAGUGGAAAACAGCACAAGGGCUCCUGUGAGUGCAAUUGAGCUCCCUGCCCCAAAUCCUCCCCAUACACCUCCCCAAAUCUCCUCUGUGUGGCCGGGAGAGCAGCAUGCUUUUUUUGGGCGGGGGGAAGAGGGGAGAUAGUUCCACGGUGCAAGCUAAAAUGCUUGCACUUACUGAAUGAUAGUACUGUAUUGAAUUCCAGUCCUUGGUUUAUGGGGCUCCAGGAUUACUAAGGGUUGCAGCCAAAGCUACCAGUCUGUUAUCAGAAGGGCCUUUGCAGUAAUGGAGAUCAAUUUCUGAAAGUUGUGCAAGAGAAGGAUCCAGUGCAACAGGCCUGCUGGCGGAACCAUUUCACAAGAACUCACUAGUGCAUACACAUUUGUCUGCUUGUGGAACCUCUCGGGCAAGAGGAUCUGUUUGAGAAAGGCAGCCCGCUGUUUGAGAAAGGCAGCAAAUUCGAGUUCCAACUCUUUAACUUCACUGAAUGCAACCCUUAAGCAGCAGCCUUGCAGACACUUAUUCUGGGAGGAACCUCAAUGAAAACAAUGGAACCAGUGUGGUGUGUUGGUUAGAAUGUCAUACUAAGGGCUCACCCAGACUUAUCCUGUGCCUGGAAAGCAUGGAUUUGAGUGGUUUUCUGCAUGCCCUAUGCUUUGUAGGAACAGAUCUGUGCCGUUUUGCCCUUGUCCCACUGAUCUCCACCAAAAAUCCCACACUUUAGCGAUAAAUUGGAGCAGACGUCAAUCCAGAGAAAACCCGAUUGACGUUUUCUCUGAUUCAGAGGUAGAGUUUGGGUUUUCCCUGGGGGAAAGUGGUGGGGCAAGUCUGGGUAAGCCUUAAGACCUGGAAGACGAGGGUUCGAGUCCCCUCUCAGUCAUUAAGCUCACUGGGUGACCUUGGGUCAGUCACUUCCUCUCAGCCUUACAGGUUUGCAGUGAGGACAAAAUGGAGAAGGGGGAAAAGCAUGUGCCCCACUCUGAGCUCCUUGGAGGAAUGGUGUGGUAUAAAUCCAAUUUUUAAAAAUGCGUGCAUUUCUGAAUAUAGGAUUGCACCAUCAGUGCAAAUAUUACAUUGUAGUCCGCAGGCAGAAUUCGAUUUUCAGAUUUACUUUCCCUGUCCUGAGAAGUGUGGAAAAUCUGUCUGCCUAAUGGAAUGUUAACAAAUUCAGUUUUGUGCUGCUAUUCUUUGAGCAUCCUAAAUUGCAUGUUUGGAAGUGGCAGAAUCUCAGCAGGAUACUCAAAUUCACCCUGACACCCCCCCCCCCCCAAAUUCCAGUGGCAAGUCUAACAGGGCCUCUUUUUUCUGAGGAAUUUCCAAAGCUAGGUUUUUAAGACUUGCGGUUCUCCACAGAUCACUGUGCCCUUUAAUCUGUUUUUCAGGAAUAAUGACAUUUUGAUUUUGCAGGAGAAAAUAACAAUGAUUAGCCCUGAGUUUGGUGCAAUAUAUCUUAGAUCAGGCUUCCCCAACCUAGUGUUGUCCAGAUGUUUUGGGUGACAACUGCCAUUCGCCCCAACAGCAUAACUGAUUGGAGUCCAGCACUUUCUGGAGGUGCCAAGUUGGGUAUACCUGGCCUGGACCUUGCUGAAUUACUAAACCCCUGGACCUUUUUACUUACCAGCCACAGUAGUUUCAAUUGACACUUUGAUAUUAGUUUUGUUCUAAUCAAACACCUGCAGAUUUAAGCAACAUGUAAACGGAUAACAAAAGAUGGGCUUCCUUAAAUUCUUAAAAAUGGUGGACCAUGGUCUUAUGAAGCCUGCAAUAGAUUAUACUGGCAUGAUCUUUUUUUCAUAAAGUCAGAGAGCUAGAUGGUAUCAUAAUGGAAGCAUGUUUCACCUGAAAUCCUUGGACAGAAUAUUUCUGGAGGCAUUUUGUUUCUGAGUUGAAAGCUUCCAUUAAACUUCUAUUUUCAGAAGAAGAAAAAAUAGUUGUAGUACUGUAUGUGGAAAUAACAUGCUCCUGGUAUGUAUUUGCCUUGAGGCUGAGGCGUGAAAGAGGCAAGAUAUUGCAGGAGAAAUGGCAAAAAUUAAAAGAGGAUCACUGAGUGUUUAUUUUUAUUAUUAUUGGUGUUGCAGAGUAGUGAGCAAAAAGAGGGGAAAUGAUUGGCAUGCUAAGCAGAAAACAUCAGAGAACGAGUUAAUUUUUUCUAGAUAGCUAAGAUGUAAAGGAAUAAGGAAAAAAUUGGCAGUAUUUUCUUAUAACCUGGUUUGCAUAAGGUAGUGAACUUCUAGCUCAUAUUAUGGGUUAGCUUCAGUGUGCUUUAGCCAAAAUUUUCAAAGCUUCUAAUGUCUUCCUCUUUGAAAAUAAAAAAGGAGGGUGUGGUUUGUCUAUAUUUCUGGUUCUGCAAUUUUUAAAAAAUGCUUGUACUUUAUUGUGGUCUGUAGAAUGUAAUCUGUACUCAAAGAUUUGUCAGAUAAUGUGUAUUCUGUAAUUGGUGCCAAAAACAUGUGGAGUUUUACAGCUGGGGGAGUAUUACAGAUGUAGGAGAGAGAUAACUGACUGGGGAUGUCUGUUUUGUUUUUGUUUUACAAAAACCCUUUACUGUACUGUUGGACAAGGUGGGCAAAUCUGUCAAUUUCAGUUUCUCAUUAAAGAAAAGAACUCUUAAGUUCACUUCUCCACAUUUCCUCGUUAGUUUGCUUUUUUUAAAGAAGACUCCUUGUAAAAAAUAAUCGGCUCUUCAGUACAAAAUUGUAUUCAUACAUCUUUUUGCAAAUCAAACCUGCCUUGUGUAAUGCAUUUUUAUGUUAUUUUCAUCAGUACAUUUAUUUAUUUUUUUGGGCACACAACACAAACUGAAUCAAAAAUCAAAUUUGUCCCCUAUCUUUAGCUGUUAUUAACAAUUUUAUACAGCAUUUACAUGAUACCCAUACUCACUUUGAGCCUCAAAACGAGAUGGAAGAAAAAACACAUUUGUUUAAAAAAUAAACCCCAAGGAUUCCUGGGUAGCUCUUAGUGCAGAGGAAAAAUACAGAAGAACAAAGCACAGAUCACUGAAAUAGUUCGUGCAGAAUAAUCUUUCAGAGUGUACCAGGCCGGUAGCAUGCAGGAGGUUUUUUUUUAGAUAAAAGAGAUACAUGAGAGGACUGAAAUAUACUGUACAGAGGUGAAUUUUAUUCUAGUGCCUCUGCAAGCUCCUCUGUUUCUCUUUUUGCAUUUGCUAGUAGAGAAAUAGGGCUCAUCCCACCUUUAUUUAGUUCAAAACGUUUAUAUGCUGCCUAUCCAAAUAAAAGUCCACCAUGGAGGCUUACAUAUUAAAUAAAAGAGUACAUGCCCACCUGUUGAAGCAUCAUUGGCAAGGGGCGGGGGAAGAUAACAAUCUGGGCGGCUGAGCUAAAACGGUCCCGCACCCCUGGAGUAAGGUGUUUCAGUAAGGCAUGGGGCCACCAUAGAACAAGCCCUCUUGUGCCUGCCAGUCUCACUGGUUAGUUGGCGGGCAAACAAAGAGGACCUGUGAUGCAGAUCUUGGAGGGCAUGCAAGACAACAUGGGUGCAGACAGGCCUUCAGAUAUCUUGGACCUAUUUCUUUCAGGCUUUAAAGCUUAAAGCUACCACCUUAAAUUAGGUCCAGAAAUGCAACCACGUACCCACCUGUCCAGAACUCUCUAGUGUUUGGAUUUUAUACCAACUGAGGCUUCCAAACUGUCUUUAAAGGCAGCCCCAUGUAAAGUGUGUUACAGUAGUCAAGCCAGUACAUGACCAGGACACAGAUUACUGUGGCUAGGCCAGAUCUCUUCAUAUAGGGUGUACCAGCCAAAACUGGUGAAACAAACUCCUGGCUAUUGAUAUCUGACUGGGGAAGCACACAAAAAUGCUUUCCUGCCAUCCCAUAGAUGCCUGAGAUAUAGGCAUGCAUUCCUUACAAGUUCUGUUUAAUAUAUAUUGCUUUUAAUGGAUUUGUAUGCUUUGGCCAGAAGCCCUGCAUGCAGCUCAUCCUGUGUUGACGAAGAACAUUUCCACAUGUCGGAAGCAACUAAGAGAUUGGCAGUGCAGUCCUCUAUAUUAGCCUCCUCCAACCUGGUACCCUCCAGAGGUUUUGUACCAGUCACAACCACUAUGGCUGUGCUGACUGGGAAUGAUGGGAGUUGUGGUCCAAAAACAUCUGGAAGGUGCUUGAUGGGCAAUGCCUCUAUACUUGUUUCUUUAGAAGUCUCAGAAAUUAGUCUUGUACAGUGGUGCCUCGCAAGACGAAAUUAAUCCGUUCCGCAAGAGUCUUCGUCUAGCGGUUUUUUCGUCUUGCGAAGCAAGCCCAUUGACGGAUUAGCGCUAUUAGCGCUAUCAGCUGUUUAGCGGCUAUUAAAGGCUUAAAGGCUUAGGGGAUUAGCUGCUAAAAGGCUAUUAAAGGCUAUUAAAGGCUUAGCAGAUUAGAUAAAGGGGGGGGAAAGCGAAAAAAAAUCUCAAGACUCGCAAGGUAUUUUCGUCUUGCGAAGCAAGCCCAUAGGGGAAUUCGUCCUGCGAAGCAACUUCAAAACGGAAAACCCUUUCGUCUAGCGGUUUUUCCGUCUUGCGAGGCAUUCGUCUUGCGGGGCACCACUGUAUAAAUUUGUACUGGAUUACUCUUCAGCCAUAAGGGUCCUUCUCUACCCCACCCCACUCUGAAUUUAGGGUGGAAUGGGCGAAGUAUAAUUGCCCCCUAGGUGCAUCCCAUCAUGUUAUCUGGUCAAAUGGACACUCAAAGUUGUUUUGUGAAUAGCUAGAGAUGGUGGACAGAAUAAACGAGCAACAAUAGAAUGGUUCAACCCAGAUGCAGGUUUAUUGCCUAGUAAGAACUGGGCCUCUGGUCUUUGCUGAGCAUGACCUGAUUUCCGGCUUGACCUUUCUUCUAACUAGUCCUUUAAAAAAUCUCUGCCAAGAAUUGUGCAAUUGCAUACUUGUGAUUGUGCUUGCUUGCAAAUUUACUUAUUCUGUUUUUUAUGACACAGGCUUAGCUAGUGAUUUGUGCAUAGAAAGUUCAAAUGAGGAAACUUUUUUUAAAAAAUCGUUGCGAAGUAGAUAAUGGGUAUGUGUAGCAAUAAGAAAGCCACAACUAGGUCAAUAUAUACUUUGCCGAUUUUGCAGUUUCAAGUCAAACUCCUUGCAUUUGUAACUUGAUAAUUUGGAGGGAUUUUUUCCUCUCUCCUCAAAUUGGUGAAGAGUUUUCAACAUCAAAUAUGUGUGUGCCCACAAAAAUGGUUUACAUGCUUUUGUUUUUUAUUUUUGAGGGUUUUUUAUUAUAAGACUAGAAUAUCACUGUUUGGAAUGAGGCAAGAUUUACAUUUCACAUACCAAAUAUAACUUCUGGCCAAAGAUCUCUUACUUCAUUUUGACAGGAACUUGGAUUCCUAUGAAAGCUCUUGAAUAGCAAGAUGGACUGUUUAAGUAAACUCUAAUAUUUUUUAAAUGUUUUGAAAAAUGUUAAAAGAGCAGCACUUCUGGGGUUAAAGCCCACUGGGGAGGGGGGAACCUUUGUGAGCCAGAAUCUCAGCACAUUCUAUGGCCUUCAUACUAAGCCUUAAUGUAUCAGCUCCUUGUUUGUAAUACGAGAUAAUGAUGGUCUGCUUUACUGGAUUACAAAGCUGUGAAAAGCUUUGAGUACCUAAAGAAAGCACUAUAUAACUACUAUUAUGACUGCUAUUAAACAUGCAAAGGCAAAGAAACUGGUAGAAAUUUGACAAGUAGUAGCCUGCAAUUGGAGUCAAUACAGGAAGAUAUCUUACAAGUGAGCCAGACUACUGGUCCAUCUAGCCUGGUAUUAUCUACUUGACAAAGGUUCUCCAAGGGCUUUCCCCAGCCCUGAUUACUGAGAUCUCUUUAAAUGAUUAGUGUUCCUUAGUCCAAUGGAUAUUCCUCCGCCAACACCAACAUUCCUUUGGGAACAACAAGUUUGAUUCGUCCAUAGUGGGGAAAGGUUUGGGUCUGAAGCAAGAGAGUAACCAUCUGUUUGUCAUUCAGCUGCUCUGAUCUCUUUCCAUAAUUGCAGAACUCUAAAUCGUGGUGGUUUGUAGAUUAAAAAAUGACUCACUGAUUUUCCUGCCUACCUCGGCUUGCAUUGUUUCUAAUGCUUUAGUUCUUUAUAAUUGCUACCUUUCCAUCAUCCUGGCGUGUCUGUAGAAACACACAUGUGUAUGUUCAAAUCUGAAGAAAUCCUGCCUUUCCCUGAGGCAAUGGUUAUUUAAGUGAUACUGUAAGCAUUUUAAAAGGGUUUGCCCGUAAGAAAAAAAUCCACACCCCUCCCCCCAGUUUUGUUUAACAUUUACCUUGUUUGCUCACUAUUCAUAACAAUUGGUCUGGCCAAAUAAGAAUAUUUCCCUGCUAUGGAUUUUGGAAUUGUAGGUCUUCAUUAGACUUGAACCAUGGCAAACUGGAAUUAGAUUCCCGGUGGCUGAUGAAUGUUACUGGCUGACCUUGAACCAGUCAAAUUCUCUCAGCCCAACCUAACUCGUGGGUUGAUUGUAAGUUAAAAUGGAAUAACCCCAAAGGUUGUUUUUAUGAGCUUUCUGUGGGAUUUACAGGAUGAAAAUUCUAAUAAUAAAAAUGUCUUCCCAGCUAGCUCUGUGUUGAAUCAUUACAAUCCUUUGGGCAAACUGAUUUUCUCACGCUGCAUACUUCAAUUUUGUUUCCUUGCAGGAAUUUGGCAGCAAAAAAUCCAUCACUUCAAGGUGUGACUUCACUGAAAAUCUAAUAGCCAAUGGUUGUGCGGGGCACUUUGAGAGUACAAAAAGCAGCAUUAAAAUAGUGAAGAACCUUCCUUUGAGCAGCAAGGGCUCUAGUGUGCCCAGUUCGGAUGUUAUCCAGAUAAUGCCACAAAAGAUCUCACUAAAUCUGCGGCCUGGUAAGUUAGCACCAAUUGUCUGUAACCAGUAUUGUUAAUUUGCAACAACCUGGACACUAUGGCAGGGAGCCAGUGUGGUGCCUUCCAGCUCCCAUCAGCCCCAGCCAGCAUGACUUAUGUUCAAGGAUAAUGGGCAUUGCAGUUCAACAAAAGUUGGAGGGCACAGUGUUGGCUUCCUCUGCUCUAUGGGUUGGCUCACAUGCAAUACCAAACCAUGGUUUGGAGAUAUGGGAGUAAGUCCUAUGCCUGUUGUUCCCGUUCCCCUGCUUUCUACUCAUACAAUCCAGUUUUUUAGUUAGUUGGUGGGUUUAUUUAUUUAUUAUUUUUUGUUUAUAUAUAUUUACAGCAUUUCUGCACCACCAUAUAAUAACAUACCAAGAGCUGCAACAAACCAUAGUUUACCAUUGCCUCAGGACCCUGUAAUACAUAAUUGUAAGUAAGGAUCAGACUCUGGGUUACAGACAUGCCACAAUAUUGAGAAGAUCUCUAUUAAUCAAAUCGCCCUUGUUUCCUCCCCUUCCUUUCUUGGAAAUGAGCCUUCCCCAGCCCUGAUGCACAACUGCAGUCUAAAACAGCUGGAGGGCAUGAGGUUGGGGAAGUGUGUUGUUGACUGAGAAACUCGCCCACACUUCUGCUUGUCCCACUACUUUUCCAUGGGAAAACCUGCUGCUUACCACUGACUCACAACAAAUGCCAGUUGGUUUUUCUGUGGCUUGACGUUUGUUCUGAUUCGGCAGUAAACAAUGGGUUUUCCUGGGGAAAAGUGGUGGAACAAACGAAGAGCGGCUUGGACCCUUGCUUUUGAGGCAUGGGGCAAAUGGAAGUGUGGGCACGCACUGGGUUCUCAAUCAUUAAAGUUUUAUGAAACUGUGUCCCCAUUUCCCCUUGAAAUCCACCAGCUACUCGUCUUCAGAAAUUAUUCCCAUUGUAUUAUCUCUUGUCUUAACACAGUUAAGUGACUCACAGUCAUCCCACCUUUCCUGUAAAGACAAGAUGAGCUUUGAUUGCACUGACUCGAGAGAUGAACUUUUGAUCCAAGAAGCUAGAGUUUACCAUAUUAUUAGCUUUCUGCCAAGAUGAAAAAAUAAAAUGGAAAAAUCAAGAAUCUUGUUGUGGAAAUAGUUUUGCAGAAAAGAGGCAUUCAUACAGUUUCAACGUUUGUGCGAAAAUAUUUAGCCUUUGAUAUUUGGUUGUUUUGUUUUCUAAAAAGGCCCUUUGUAUUGAAGCUAAAGGCCAUUAUGAAAGACAGAUUCACUAAACAAUUGUGUACGUGCCUGGAAUGUCUGUGUUGUGUUGUAGUCCAGGCAAACUGCAAAUAGAGGAAAUGUUUUCCCUUUCCAGUCCUAUCCUCCUCUGAUAAGGAAAAGGUUUAGGAUUUAUUUGUUAAUAAUAAGGAAUUUUUGUGUGUGUUUUUUUACUAAUAAUGAGGCUCUUGUAUUCCCCUGAUGAGAGCCCCAAGUUCAUAAGGAAUUCAUAUUGCCACACACUUAAAACUCACGAAUUUUCCCGACAUUAAAAUUAAUCACAGCACGAAACAAGAAAGUCCCAUCACCCAAAGUGGAAACGCCUGUUAGUUUCACAUAAAUAGAGAGGGAACUAUUGAAAUUUGGUUACUGAGCAUUCUAGCUUGCAAAAGCCACCCUGAAAAAUGGUUUUAAUCUCCUCCUUCCAAAAUUGCUGUCAUUGCGCUCAUUAAUGGAUCUCAUGUAAGAGCUCAGUAGCAUUCUCAUCAUGCACUUGACGGAAAGCAAAGUUGACUUGGUUUCAUGCUGGUGAAGCUGAUAGGAUGUUGACUCCCAGCAAUGUCUGUUCCCUUUCUCUGGACCGGAUAGAGCAGUAUUCUCAGUGUAGACCCUACUCUGACUGCCAGUAGCUCUCAGCAGAGAUCUUUCCUGCUCUGCUACUUGAAAAAAAAUAAACUAGAGAAUGCUUUUUGAGAAGCUUUCUGUAUGCAAAGUCUAUUCCGUUUCACUGAGCUUUGGGUGCAUACCUUUUAAUGGCUAUGGUUUCUUGUAAACUGUUCUCCCCAAUGCAAAUCCAUUAAUAUAGUUGCCGCUGCUAAAUGAGACACGGCAGCAGAUACACAAAACUAUAUCCAUGGCCCUGCUUCUGUUUUGGACAUCAGGUAGGCUGAUCUAAUCGAUCUAUGCAAAUCCAGAGUGGAUGCAGCUAGGAGCUGGUAAUAUAUACAAGCCUAAUGCUGUAAUGUGAAUGUUGAUUUUAAAGCUUUCUAUUGAUUGAAAGUUCACAUUUGAUUCAGGACAAGUUCACACAUUCAGAGUCCCCCUCCAUGUGACGCAUUCCAAUUGUCCUGGAGAGAAUGCGUUUGCAAAGAGAAAAUAGUUGUUGAAUGGGAACAAGGCUCCCUUGUUUGCUAGCAGUUGCAGGGUGGAAAAAAGCUUUGCUAGAGCUGAGCCAUCUGUCACAUCAAUCACUUCAGCAACAGUGAAUCUUUAGGUUGCAGGUGAAAUUCUUACUUUGGCAAGGGGGGGGGAGCAAAUCCUCUUUCAGAGCAUAAUAAAAUAAAAUUACAGGGGCUUUAAAAGCAGUGAUAACAAAAUGUGAAAGUGUAGAAAAAAUAUGUACACAGGAAAAGCACUUCUGUAUGUGUGUGUAUAUAAACUUUGCACAUAGCUUCACGGGGUUAUAAUAGUCUUUUACUGCAGAGGAAGCCAAUGGCAUAUAUUGUCCUAAGCCAGCCCAGUCUUUCCAUGCUCCUGCAGCUUCCCACUCUUAGGGACCUUGCUACUUUGACCUUUUAGCCCGUUGAGCCUUUUCUUCCUUGUCCCCCAUCACUGCAUUAUGCUCUCAAGCCGUUGUCCACCCACCCCACCUCAAUUCCUUUGUGUCCUGUUUCCUCCUCCUCUCCCUGAGCUAGAAUCUGUCCUAUCGCCAUCUAUUACCAAUGAUGGCUACGUACAUUGUAAUACGAUCAUAUAUGUCAGUGGAGAAAGGAAGUUGGACUGCUGUCAAAAAGUUGUGCUAAGUUACUCUGCUAGCCAUGUGGAAUUGCCAUUUUUUGUGGGACCACUGCUGUUGUUGAUGUACAUUCAUCAGUUUGUUUUAAGUGAUUUUAUUGGAUUUUAAUGUUAUAUGACCGUAUGGUUGUGACCUGCCCUGGGACCUUAUGGUGAAGGGCUUUCACUAUCAGGCAGUUCUUAAGAGGAAGCUGGAUGAUGAGCAUAUACUGCUGGGUGUCCACAAAUCUGUGCGUACCUAUGGGGCCAAAGUAGAUUUAAUCUUAUUUUGCUAGGUUGUGAAGAAAGGAAGGAUUAUGUCUGUAAACCCUUGAAGCCAUAACUUCCUAGCUGCAUACCUGUGUUGUGCAGCUGUUACCAAAACAUUAUACAAGACGCAACAGGACAUAAUUGAGUGUUACAAGCAAGGCUUCCGUUUGCAAACAGCCCUUAGUGUAAGUGGUGGAGAAGCAUUUAUAAAAUGAGCAGUUAGUAAAUGAGACUGACUCUGUUUUGUUUCUACACCAAGCAAAAUAGAUAUUUCAAUAAACAGGAUUGCUUCAGUUGAGUGCUCUAGGAGUUGAUCUGCUUUCUACUUCCUUGACAGUCAUAGAAUCAUAGAAUCAUAGAGUUGGAAGAGGCCAUCGAGUCCAACCCCCUGCCAAGCAGGAAACACCAUCAGAGCACUCCUGACAUAUGGUUGUCAAGCCUCUGCUUAAAGACCUCCAAAGAAGGAGACUCCACCACACUCCUUGGCAGCAAAUUCCACUGUCGAACAGCUCUUACUGUCAGGAAGUUCUUCCUAAUGUUUAGGUGGAAUCUUCUUUCUUGUAGUUUGGAUCCAUUGCUCCGUGUCCGCUUCUCUGGAGCAGCAGAAAACAACCUUUCUCCCUCCUCUAUUUGACAUCCUUUUAUAUAUUUGAACAUGGCUAUCAUAUCACCUCUUAACCUCCUCUUCUCCAGGCUAAACAUGCCCAGCUCCCUUAGCCGUUCCUCAUAAGGCAUCAUUUCCAGGCCUUUGACCAUUUUGGUUGCCCUCCUCUGGACACGUUCCAGUUUGUCAGUGUCCUUCUUGAACUGUGGUGCCCAGAACUGGACACAGUACUCCAGGUGAGGUCUGACCAGAGCAGAAUACAGUGGCACUAUUUCUUCCCUUGAUCUAGAUGCUAUACUCCUAUUGAUGCAGCCCAGAAUUGCAUUGGCUUUUUAGCUGCCGCGUCACACUGUUGGCUCAUGUCAAGUUUGUGGUCAACCAAGACUCCUAGAUCCUUUUCACAUGUACUGCUCUCAAGCCAGGUGUCCCCCAUCUUGUAUUUGUGCCUCUCAUUUUUUUUGCCCAAGUGCAAUACUUUACAUUUCUCCCUGUUAAAAUUCAUCUUGUUUGUUUUGGCCCAGUUCUCUAAUUUGGCCCAGUCUGGAGGUGAAAAUCUUGCUUUGGGUCUGCACUGGGUGGCUGGAUCUAACUCACCCAGCUGUGAAAGAGAGCCUGAUCUGUUGAGCUAGAAAUGUCAUUUGAUGUGACAGAAUAGUGCUCCCAGGCAAAGCCUAUUAGAACCAACCAUUACGAGGCAUCUGGAUUUCAGUUUUCAAAUGCUUAUCCUGUCUUUUCAGUGGGAGGGGGAAAAAGGUGGCAGUGGGAUGCAUGUGUUAUACAGUGGUACCCCGCAAGACGAACGCCUCGCAAGACGGAAAACCCGCUAGACGAAAGGGUUUUCCGUUUUGGAGGCGCUUCGCAAACCGAAUUUCCCUAUGGGCUUGCUUCGCAAGACGACAGCCCAUAGGGAAAUCUCAGGGACAGCGGGGAAGCGCAGCGCGUCUUCCCCACUGUCCUCGGACCUCCUUCCGAAGCCCGGCGGCGGGGCGGGGACACCUCCUCCCGCCGCCGCCGGGCUCGGAAGGCUCCUCCGAGCCGGGCGGGGGGAGGGAACACCUGCCGCCGCCGCCCGGCUCGGAACGGUGCUCCGAGCCGGGCGGGGGCGGGAAGACCGCCCGCCUCUGCCCGGCCUCGGAACGGGGCUCCGACGCCGGGCGGUGGGGAGGAAGACCUCCCCGCCGCCCGGCUCGGAACGGUGCUCCGAGCCGGGCGGGGGAGGGAACACCUCCGCCGCCGCCCGGCCCGGAACGGUGCUCCGAGCCGGGCGGGGGGGGAGGGAAGACCUGCCGCCGCCGCCCGGCGUCGGAACGGGGCGCCGAAGCCGGGCGGGGGGAGGAAGACCUUCUGAAGGCGGGCGGGGGCGAAAGUCUUUGCUCCCCUGCCUGCCUGUCCCGGAGGGCUUUUGAAGGCGGGGAGCAAGACUUUCGCCCCCGCCCGCCUUCAGAAGAGGUCCAGGACCUCUUCUGAAGGCUGGCGGGGGCAAAGUCUUUGUCCCCCCUGCCUGCCUUCCCAGGGGCUUUUAAAUUGCCCCGGACAGCGGAGAAGUCCUCCGCUGUCCCGGGGUGAUUUUAAAAUGCCGCCCGCCAGCAUUUUAAGAUCGCCCGGACAGCGGAGAAGUCCUCCGCUGUCCCGGGUUUUUUUAAAAUGCUGGGGGUGGGAAGAAAAGCCCUUGCCCCCCCCCCCCAGCCUUCAGAAGAGGUCCGGGGACAGACUGUCCCCGGACCUGGUCUGAAGGCGGUUCCCUAGGAACGCAUUAAUUGAUUUUCAAUGCAUUCCUAUGGGAAACCGUGCAUCGCAAGACGAAAAACUCGCAAGACGAAGAGACUUGCGGAACGAAUUAAUUUCGUCUUGCGAGGCACCACUGUAGUAGCCUAUUAUAAUAUGUUGGAUUUAACUUCAGUUUUUGUUUGAACCAUUUGACGUAGCAACUGAUGGUUCAGAGCAGAGCUUGACUCUACAUUGAACAUAGAAGUGCUGAUAUUCUCCUGUCCCCAACUAGCCCAGUUAACACAGGUGCCCAAACCCUAGGAAAAUCUAAGGCACAUUGUUGAGCUGGGAUACUGCAGGACCACAUGGUCCUGUAAUCACCAGUCCACAUUCUUUCCAUGCCACUUAAUUAAGAGAGAGAGAGUGGCGUUCAUACAGAGCUCCCGGUCGUUUCACGGACUAUUGACCUGCACACCACUGCUUUAUUCUUCUGCUACCACCAACCAGGUUUCUUCUGGUGAAAUAUUGAGUCUCAGUCAGGUUGUAAAGUCAACAAGGAAGCUUAAAGUUCGUCUUUUCCUGGCUCUGUCUGACCCUGACUCCUCUAUCUCCCAAUGGUAAAACCCCUGGGCUGAGCCUCAAAACCAGGUAGGCUCCGCCUCUGAGCUUUCUCAUUAGUCAAUCUACAUUAACCAUUUCCAUCCCCCUAUACAACCAAAAUCACAAGGAAUGGGCAAACGCCACAGAGGGAGAGAGAGAAGGGCCCCUUCCAUCAGCUUAAUGGAAACAUACUUCUAUUUUGGUUCUUCUCCGAACGCUCUCCAUCUGCAGCCAUUCUGAGGGAGAGGCAAGGCAGCAGGGCUCCCUCCAUUGUUCUAGACAGUGGCUGGCACCUUCCUUGGAACUGUCUCAUGCACCAGCCAUGGUACAUGAAUUUGCUUAUUUUCUUCUUCCUUUCUGGUUCCCUUUCUCUUUAGUAUUGCAUCUGUUUGAUUUUAAUCCACUAUUAUUGCAGUGAACUAGCUUGAGUGCAUUGGUAAACAAAAAAAAGAAAAAGAAAAAAGAAAAGGCUCCCAGCCAGUCGCUGCAAGUCUCACAACUGGGAAAUAUUGUUGUGGCUUGGCUGCUCGCAUGGAUGCAAGCUAAAGAGCAGCCACAUCAGAGUAGCACUGCAGGGUUAUUGUUGUGGCCCUGAUACCACCUGCUGAUGGAACAGACUCCCUCGGAAGGUGGUGGACUCCUUCAUUGGACGUUCUUAAGCAGAGGUUCGAUGGCCAUCUGCCAUGGAUGUUUUAGAGAUUCCUGCUUUGCAGGGGGUUGGACCAGAAGACCCUCAGGGUACCUUCCAACGCUUCAGUUCUAUGUUUCUAACUGAGUAAUUGCUUCAGUUGCUCCCCCAUGCAAUUGCCAGGCUGCUACUGAAGCCUUAAUGGAAGGGCUCUCUUACAGAUUUUACAAAAAGGAAAGUAUGCUGUCUGGAUUUUGGCAUGUUAUAUCAAUUACAUGUUGCAACAGGAAACUUUGUGAAGAAGUAUUCAUAUUUCAGGCAUGAAUCUGUGGCUAUUUCUGGUAACAGUUAAGGGGGUGAUUUUGCACCGCCAGCUGAGUGAAUGCAAAAGGCAAAGAAAGGAAACAACUGGCUUGCCUUUUGCUUGUUAUUAACCUGCCACAAACCUGCUGCUUCCACAGGUGAUCCAACGCCUUUCCAUGUGCACGUUCGGCAGGUAGAGGACUACCCUGUGGACCUGUAUUAUUUGAUGGACCUUUCCCUCUCCAUGAAGGAUGAUUUGGACAACAUCCGGAAUCUGGGAACCACGCUGGCUGAAGAGAUGGGGAAGCUCACCAGCAAUUUCCGCCUUGGAUUUGGCUCUUUCGUGGACAAAAACAUUUCUCCCUUUUCUUACACAGCACCUAGAUACCAGAACAACCCUUGCACUGGGUAAGCAAAGGGCCAGCAGCUGCUACAGUUGUUGCUUUGGCACUGAAUGUGCAAGAACAUAAGAUUUCUUUCCUAUUGAGCAGAGCAAGCUAGAACCUGCAGCACAUCCCAUGGCUGCAGGGAAGGGCUUGCAAGACCUCACAGCUUGCAGGAUCAUUAAAAAGUAGACACCUCACAUUUGAAAAAACAGGUCUAUUUUGAAUUUUGUGUAGGAUCAUGAUAUCUGCGAUGCAGUGUUUUUAUAUUCCUUUAAAUAUAUAUAUAUAUUCUAAACUGUGCAGAUAUAAAUACAUUUGGGAAGUGGAAACUUUGGUCCUUGGGUUUUUGAAAAUAUUAUUCUUUAUAUUCUUGGCCUAUGCAUUUGUGUAUGUAAAAUUAGGGCAGUGGCCAGGAUCCAAAGGCCCGUUCAGUCUAGUGCUUUGCUUAGGAUUUUCUUGGCUGGAAGUCCCCUCUGACUGCAUGGCAGAAGACCAGGCCUGCAUAGAUGAGUGACUCACCAAGCUAAACUGGGUCAUCUACCAUUUGUUGUGGCUUGACAACUUCCUGGUUUUUUUUACAGGUCCCAGAAAGGCAGCAAAACCAAGCAUUGCGAGUCCCUUCUAGACUGGAGGGCUGCAGUUGUGUUAGUGGGUCCCAGAUUGUGUGGGCCUGCAAAACACCUGCAAGCAACUCAAAGGGGAAUGGGUGGUUUGCAAAAGUAGUUGAUACAUGGUGAGUGGUGUCUGCCAAAGAGUAAAAGUUAAACAAACCUGAACUUACCAAAUGAUCACAAGCCUUUGAGCUACACAGCUGAAAGUAGUUCUUUGGAUCCCAGCUAGUAUUACUGUCUAACUUGCAGGGAUGUUUGGUGCAGUUAACAACUACUGUCUCAUACUUUUUUCCUGGAGCAAUCUCCAGGAUUUCAAACAAGUGCCUAGUGACGGCAAAUUUAUUUGGCAUGAAGCCAGUGGUUCCUGAUAAUUUAGCAACUCUCCUGUGGCUUUUAGAAAGAAAAAAUUUUAAGAGAUUUUAAAGCUCUGUUGACAACACACUUUGGGAGACUUUUCUAACCCUAACCCUAAUAGUUAGGUAUAGGUGUUCCUGCAGGCAAAAUCAUUUACUUAAAAGGAGAGCUUAUAUAAGAAAGACAGAAGCUGGAGGCUCACUCAAGCCCCCUCCACACACACUGCAUUUACACACCCCUUUCCCAUCACACCAACCACACUCCUGGCACAGCCAGAAUGCACAUUUGUGUGCAGUUUGUUUUUGAGCGGAUGUGUUGCAUCCAAAACAAAUAACAAAUUAUUUUAUGCAUAUGUAUUUUUCACCAGUCUCGGCAGCCUUGCUUGCAUUUUGCUCUACCCCAGGGGUCAGCAAACUUUUUCAGCAGGGGGCUGGUCCACAGUCCCUCAGACUUUGUAGAGGGCCGGACAAUAUUUUGAAGCAAAAAAUGAACGAAUUCCUAUGCCCCACAAAUAACCCAGAGAUGCAUUUUAAAUAAAAGGACACAUUCUACUCAUGUAAAAACACACUGAUUCCCAAACCAUCCGUGGGCUGGGUUGAGAGGGCAAUUGGGCCGGAUUCGGCCCCUGGGCCUUAGUUUGCCUACCCAUGCUCUACCCCAAAUUGAAUUUGUAUAGCAAUUUAUAUAUUUUUGGCCAGCAUCAUUGUGGGGAAGGGGGUAACAGGGUCGCUAGUGGUGAGGAACGUGCUCUGAAGCAUUGAAAAGACCAUCAGCUAUGCAAGUAUUGUUCCUGAAUCUAAAUCCAUGAAAGUAGAACCUUUCUUCUUUUAAAGCGGGAGUCUUCUGUAGCGUCCAUUGCACGGAUGCAGAUUAGUUUUAAAAUACAGUGCUCCCUGAAAGUUGCAGCCUAAUCCUAUGCAUGGUAACUCUGAAGCAAGUCUCGCUGAGUUCAGUGGGGCUUACUCUCAAGUAAGUACCUGUAGGACUGCAGACUUAGGAGCAACCUAACUGCAUGUUCCUCUUUUCAAAGCAUUCCCACAUCUGGAACCCCUGUUAUCUUCUAUCCAGUGUCAGUAAGCUUGGGCAUGAGGGAAUCCACCAAACUGCUGAAAUUAAACUGGCAGUCAAUGAAUGCUUGGCUCUGGACAAUGAGCAUUUUCGCUCUUACGGUUGCCUCGUGUCAGCCAGUCGAGGCCUAUUAUGCACGACAUCAUGCUCACCUGCUCUGGGCUCUGUGCAGCACAAAGCUCCAGGGAUACUGGAUACUACUGUUUCUUCUCUGGUUUACGUAUCCCUGCAGUCUGUGUGCUCGUUCCAUCUAUGCAGUCAUUGUUUGCCAUUCACAUCACCUUUGUAGGGGGAAAAGUGAUGUGAAUCAGGGAUGCUAAUAGCCCCGAGCGUUCUAAAUCGGGCAGGCAGCUUUCACAAGUAGAGGAAGCUCCUCACUUUAGCAUUUGGCUCUCCAGUUCAUGGAAGGCUGAGAUUGGAGAAAGGGAUGUGUUGGAGGGUGUGAGGCUUGUCAGUGGGCCUCUGAUUUGUGCGACUUGUCAUUGCAUGUAGACUGUGAACACCUGAAUUAGGCAGAUAAGCGUGUGAAAAAAGGAGAAUGAAACCACAAAAUUGUGGAAGAGAACUGUAAAGUGAACCACUAUUUGUAGACAAAAUCUCCUGCACUUUAAUUAACAGUUUUUUGGGGUGUGUAAUUAGUGUACAUCGUCCAAACUGUUCUGUGCUAGAAACACAGAACAAGAAAAGCACUUCAACCCCAAAGUGACAGCAGGGGAAGUCAGGGUUUUCAGCAAAUUUACAAGGAAGGCAAAAUACCAAACAUACGUAUGUCCUUCUCUAAUGUAACUUAUCAUGGUUACAGAGCCCGUUUAAUCACACCCACUCAAGGCCACAUUUUCAUAACCUACUACAAAAGUCAGUAUCUUUGGCCUGGUGGAGAUACAAUGCUGACUCUCUGUAUACUCUUCUUUGAAAUCAGGAGUUUCUCAAAUCAGGAGACAGGCAGUUCUUCCUUCACCUCUCCCCCCCCACCCCCUCUGCUGCUGUUAAUUACCAGUGUCCCUUUUUCUUGCUUCCCUAAUUUAUGGUUCACCAUAAAGUGGUUUCCAACAUUAAGUGGUUUCCAACUUAAACAUGAUUUGAUACCAGAUCUGAAAUCUGGUUGGCAGAUGAUUUGGCAGUGACCUGAAACCAGGGGUUACUUUCAGUGCAGAUGUAAUGUUAAAAUUAUGAUUAAGACUGGUAAGAGAAGGGGAGAAGAGGGUAUGCUUAUUUGGUUGGAGGAUGGUUUCUGCUUGCAAACCACAGUCCCAUCUGCAGUAUACGUUUAAAGCAGUAUCAUACCACUUUAAACAUUCAUGGCUUCUCCCAAAGAAUUCUGGGCUGUAGUUUGCUAAGGGUGCUGUGACUUGUUAGGAGACACCUCUACACCCUUCACAGAGCUCUGUUUUUCAGACUGGUUUAGCCUCAUUUAAUACAACCCCUAGUAUGUAGCAUAUAUGACUACUGAGAAUGAAGAGGAGAGAACAAGCAUAUUGAGGUUCUGUGUUAUUUAUGAUGGCCAAUUUGCCAAAGCCUCCACCCCAACUUAACACUGACAUAAGAUCUCUGCUAAGCUUCAAAUCACAGAGUAUUAGCUAACUGAACUAGAAGCUGCUAAGCUUCUAGGGACUCCUGUUCAUGCUUAUAAGAGAAAGUAGCAUGAUUAAAAUGAAAUUAUUCUCCUGAAACCAUAGAACUAGUGAAAGCAAACCAAAUAAGUCCUUUUCAAAUGGGAUAGUUGUUUUUCAGUUUCUGAAGUGGGGAGACUCGAGAGACUUGCUUCACUCUAGCACAUACCAUGCGGAGAAAUGAGCUUGUCAGUUCGACCACAUGAGAACAUAAAGCAGUCAUGUAAAUACAAGACAGAGUGACAGAGACUGAAAACAGAGAAUUUUCCAGCAUUCCUUCCAUCUGUUCCUCAGCUUUCAGCAGCAGCAGCCGUUGUUCAUCAUGACCAGUUCAGGCCCCUCUUCUUCCCUGGUGGGCUUCUCACAUUGCCGAGGUGAUAGUGACACUAUGACAAGGAGGGGGAAAAUAAUAAUUUUUAAAAAUCUGUAGGGCUCUUUUGCAUACACAUUAUGAGCACCUGAUAUAGCCCCAAUGGAAUUGCAGGCCAGUUUCUCUCCUAUUCCUGUAAAUUACAUGCACUCAAAUAUUUAUGUAUCUAUUACAAUUCUUUAUUUCCCAUCUUUUGGAAUAUAAAUAUUUCCAAGGUUGCUUCCAAUUAAAUUUAUGUAUUUUAAAAAUACAAUAAACAUUGUUUAACUACUUGGAAAGUCAUCAGGAUCCUCCCCACAGGGCAACUGAUGGAAUAUUGCCCUCUUGGGGUAGGUUGGAAGGGACAGUCCAACUGGAGCAGGCCUAAGGCUUGCCUGCUUUUUUCCUGGUUCAUGCCAAAAUCUCAAUCCUGAACAACAGCCAGUACCAAGUUUACUCAGAAAGAAGUCUCUAUAGAGACUCUUGUCUGGGGCAUAUUCAGUUUCAAAAUUAAGUUCCUCAUUUCCAGUGUCACUGUAUUGCACAUUAUUCAGAAUCUCAGUAAUUUUUCAAGCCAGAAAGUUGCUCUGAAUUUGCAUUCUUGAUCAGCUUUAGUAGGUAUGAAGUGCGACGCAAACUCUGGUGUUACUAUCUUACUGUGCAGACAAAUGACUCACAAUGAUGUUUCAUUUCUUUUCUAGUUACAAGUUAUUUCCCAGUUGCGUCCCAUCCUUUGGAUUUCGCCACCUUUUGUCCCUCACGGAUAAAGUUGACCGGUUUAAUGAAGAGGUUCAGAAACAGAAGGUUUCCCGCAAUAGGGAUGCCCCAGAAGGUGGCUUUGACGCAAUCUUGCAGGCUGCUGUGUGUGAGGUGAGUAACUUCUGGCAGAUUGUGAAUGGUUGACCGUGGUACCUUGGUUUACAUCCACAAUUCGUUCCGGAGGUCCGGUUGUAAACCAAACAGGUUGUAACCCAAGGCGCACUUUUGCCAAUGGGGCCUCCCCCCAAAAAUGGGUUGUAAUCUUUAAAAAAAAGGGACAUGCACUUCCGGGUUUGACAUGGUUGUAAUCCAAAACGGUUGUAAUCCAAAGCGGUUGCAAACCAAGGUACCACUGUAUCUGCCAUUCCUUGUAGCCUGUAGGGGUUGCAGGUAUUGGAGAUGGGAAGUUAAUUGAUUGUUUGUGGUGAGAACAUACUUUAAAAAAUGGCACUGAUAAAUGAAUUCUCAGAAUAUCUUUGUGCGCCAUGUGGAAUUUGUACUUUUUAGGUUAGCUGGGGAAAUUAUACAUCUCUAUAGUGAGAUUUGUGACUUGGGACUUGUGCAUCUCACCACAGCGUGUAUGUGCUAGUUUGCCCUUUCGAAGCACAAAAAGAAAAGGUCUGGCACAUUUGUGUGUCCUGUAUCUGUCGGGUGGCACUAUCCCUAGUAUAUGUCUCCAUCUGAAGAAAAAUUGCAGUGCCAUUGUUACUUGUCCCUUUGGCUGGCCGUUCCAUCAGUGGCAUUCCUUCCCAGUAGAUCCUAAAUAUGCCUCUUGUUUAUGAACAAUGACUGCAUUUGACACUGGGAUUUGGGUGCAGCAUUUGUAGUAAAAUACUUUUCAUGUCCUUUUUUGCCUUUGUAUAUUAGUAAGGUAGAUGGCAUGACAGCCUAUUUUAAGAAUCUGUUGAUACUAUUUUUGGAUAGGUUGGCAAAAGUUCCACUCUUGGCAGAAAGACAAUUUUUAUUCAAACUGCUGUCAGCAUAAUAAAAGGAUAAUAUGUUUGUCACUUCCCUGAGUUAUUUCCUGUGUUCAGCAGGGAGCACUACAGACAGCAUUGGUUUUUUUACACCUGCUGCUAAUAAUAAUGUCUCAUAUGGCUUUUUAAAUUUUAUUUCUUCACACCUUUUUUCGCUGUUCUGAAAAUUGAGCUGCUUUCCUAAGUUUUGGGAGCAAAUGUAAAAUGCAUGCCACUUUUUAUGAUUCUAGAGUUGGGAACUGCAAUAGAAUAUCCCCCACCCCCCCGAGGAACGAUUGCAUGAUUAGUGAACUCUUACAGGACUUGAGGUCAGCAAAUCUGAUUUUCCAAGUUGACCAAGUCUGUGUUGACCUCAAAGGGGGCACAACUUCCCUAAACUAAUAUAUCCAAGGGAAAAUGCAGUUAGUUGCUGCAGUGCAUACAUGGCAUCUUAUAUUUUGCUUUGGCCUGUCCUUUGCAGCAUUUGAUCUUUUGGAUAUUUCCUUCAAAUAAGCAGGUCUCACAGGCUACUGGGGUAUUGUACCUGUUUCACAGCCAAUGUGGCAUCUUGCUGGACCUGAAGGUCAUGCUGUCAGCUACUGGCUGCGACAUGUAUGUUGACCACUGAAACGUCAUUGUGCAUGAAUGCCUAGAGCAACCAUUUGCCCAUUUUAAGCAGGAGUCAAUUGUUUAAGAGGGUUUCCUAUCAAAAGGAUGAUGCCUAAUUCCACUGAGAUGAAUAUUUGGAGGACUGGGUUUCCAUAUCUUCCUACCAGUGGCAGGAAGAGCAUAUUUUAAUUGCUGCAGAUAAUGUCAUGCACAGAUUAUGCUGUGCAUUCCAAGUUACUCACCAGGGACUGAAUUUGCAGAUUUUUACUUACAAUUCUGCUUCGUUUAUUACAAUACAUGCAUUAGAAUUUCUGGUUACAGAAUUUGAAGGUUAUGGUUAUAAUUCUGCUCUGUUUUUAUUGUUUUCCUGUGGCUUUGUUUCUGUUUAUCUCUUUUACAAAAUAGUUUUAUCUGUGUUAUUGAUCAUACUUAAGCAGUGCCUAUCUCCUGAUAGGCUUUGUGCAGAAAGAAACUGUCUGUUGGCAUGAGCAAAGGCUGAGGGGUUUCUUCUUUUGCCUUGGCUUCAAUGUAGAAGGAGAUUGGAUGGCGGAAGGAGGCUUCUCACUUGUUGGUGUUCACUACGGAUGAUGUCCCACACAUAGCACUGGAUGGGAAGCUGGGUGGAUUGGUGCAGCCACAUGAUGGGCAGUGUCACCUGAAUGAGGCCAACGAAUACACCGCUUCCAAUCAACUGGUGAGAAUGCAUAGCAAUGAAAUGGAUGUGUAAAAUGUCUAGUUAUCAUUCUGAGGGUCUCUUGAAUGCCACAGUGUUGUUUUGACUUCACAUUUGGAUGAUUGGACAGCUUUAAAAACACAUUCGCUUGUGUCUCCAGAGCCCUGCAUGAGGCAAAAUAGUGUAUAUAAAAGCUGCUGCAUGGAGUCCCUUGCUUCAUUCCAACUCUUUCCUCAAUGUUUUCUGAGGUAAACAGCUGCUCCUUAUCAGUGUUCUGUAUCACUGAUCCUUGUUGCGUUUCAUUUCAGGAUGGAACAACUUGUUACCCCAAACCCUUAACUGCUGUUUAAAGACGGUGGCUAUGUGAAUGUCUCACAACUUACUGUGUCUUAGUGCAACUUGUCUCCAUUAUGCUUUCAGCAGCAGUCAUGUGUUUCAGCUUCUGUUUGCCCCUUACUAGCUAAGUGCUGUUCUUCCAUUUAUUUGUCUCGGUAUAUAAAUAAAAUAUUGGUAAGCAAAGGACAAGGUAAACCUUGAUUUGACACUUUGAAUUCAGUAGAGAGGUCUGCAGAUAGCUAUUUUCCUUCUUCGGCUUUUCUGGAUGAAGAGCCGCUUUGUUCUUGCAUAGCUGUUGGGUUGUUUUUCUGCAUGCCAGGCAAAUUGCAAAUCCUAAUUAUUAUUGUGCCCUUUAAUGAGCAUGUAAUGUUCCCCUCCCUCCAUGUUGAAAGUGUUCCUAACUUGCUGUCUUUAGAUAAUGGGCUUGAAUCCUUCCACAGGACAUUUCUUUGUUUUCCUGAGUAAACAAAGUCAGUAAAUAUACAUAUUCAUUGGCCAUUUCUGUAAUUUGUGUACUAGCCUAGAAAUCACAUGAAAAUCUAUUCUGUCACCACAGUAUUGGAAGAAUGUCAGUGUGGUUCACAAUGGAAGGCCUGGAUACAAAUUCCUGCUCCAAUAGAGACUUGGCCUUGGUUGGUCAUCAGUUUCUCCAUCUGUAAAAUGGGAACAUUACUGGCCGAUCCACACAGGACGGGCUGGAAGUAGUGAAAAGUUUGGCAUGUCUAAUUUCCAUUGAAAUGGAUAAUACUAAUGUACAUAGAUAAAUGCUUAAAGCUGCAAUCCUAAACUCCCAGGUGAAUGAGCUUCAUGGAAUACAUGUCUUGUUAAUUUCUGUGGGAUUCAGAUGGCACUAAAGAUUAGGUAUUCAGAAUUGUCUGUACAGAUUAUUCAGCAUCUUGCCUAUAAUUUUAUAUGUAACAAGAAGUGGAGGGUAUAAACAGUAUUCUUAAUAGCGCAUUCAUACUAAGCUUUGCUCUGAGCUGGAGGUAGUUGAUGCAUGGCCUAAACAGAGUGGAUUGCUAUUGUCAGAACUCUCUUCUUUGCGCCAAACGUGUGACGUGAGAGAGGUUUUCCUCCACUUGUUUAUAUUGGGGCAAGAUGCUGCCUUCUCCUGCUGUUACUUCACUGCCAUUUGUAUGGGUAAUGGGGGGGUGCUGCUGGAAGGGAGAGCUCCACUGGUUUAUAUCUUCUUUUGAGAGUGCAGAGAAUAGUCUGAGAAUACAUAAUGUGGGUACAUGGUUACAAUCAGUUCUUAGCCUGGGUGGGUGGCCAUGAUGGCUCAGUGCAAGCUAUGCAGUACUUCCUGAGAAGAGGUUUUGGGAUGUAAUGAAAAAGGGUAAAGAGAAUGGCUGACCCCAUAAUUGGUGGGGAAUUGGGCAGCAUGGCUAUUAAUUCGUUGCUUGGCUGACUUAAUGCGACUAAUUUUCUUGGAACCUAGAUAAGUGAUGAAGUGUCCACUAUACCAUAUAGGCCUUCCUGGGUAUUAAGCUCUACAGGGGAGGCCUUCUUGGUAGUGGCUCCCUGAUUAUGAAAUUUGUCACCCCACUGAUGCUUUUGAGUUUUUAGUGCCAGCGGAAGGCACAUUUCUUCAUGUAUGCCAUUGUGUGGGUGGGUUGAGUUGUUACCUUUCAAGUUUUAACUAAUUUGCCCUGCUCUUGUUUUUGUUUUGUUUUACUGUAAUAAAAGCACUUGAAUUUUAUUGCUGCCUAUUUUGGGUAAUUGCCCUGGCAAUUCUCUGUAAUUUACCUCUAUAACAACCCUGUGAAUUGGCCUGGUUUUCACGUGAUCAUAGUGAGUGCACUUAACUGAUGGCAAACCAGAAAUACAGCUUUAGUUUGGACGGGCCACAGAGUUCCGUUCCUUGACACACGGAUGCCGUAAUAUGAAAUAGGUACAUCCACAGUGUGGAAAUCUCUUAUUUGCAGAUGUGUGUGCUUAGCUAUAAUUGUAUACGCUUGGAGUCUUUUAAAGCACAAUUCUAUGCAUAUCUACUCAGAAGGAAGCCCUGUUAACUUCAAUGAAACUUACUCGCAGGCAAAUACGAUUAAAGUUGCAAAGCAGUCAUAAUUCAUUUUCUUUGUCUUUCACUGGUCUCUCUUUCUUUAUCUUUUUCUAGGAUUAUCCUUCUCUUGCUCUUCUUGCAGAGAAACUAGCCGAGAACAAUAUACACCUAAUUUUUGCAGUGACGAAAAGUCACUAUGUUCUUUAUAAGGUAAGUGUUGGGCGCAAAGAGGAAGGAACUGAUUUCCUGUUUGAAACCUGCUGGAAAGUGAAGGGGGAAGUCAGUAGAGUCAGAGUGGGCCUUGAAAGUCACCCCACUCCAGGGGUGGAUAAUCUUUUAUGAGGGUUGCAUUGCCCCAUUGUGGCUCCUCCAGGGGUUUCUUGCCAAGGUGGAUGUAGACCACACUCUCAUGCAUGCACACACACAAACAAACAAACAAACACAUGCAGGAAUUUGGCAUAUUUUCACACAUGUAGGCACACUGGGAGCUCUCAAUUGCAGAUUUAUCCACUGUUUUUGAAACUUCCCCAUCCUUGCCCCAAUCUUGAGAAGCUUGAAAGGACUCUUUCAGGUCUGAUUAAGAUUGCAAGGUAGCAGUUUUGCCACUGGAGUUCUGGGGUGAGAGGAGAGAAUGUGUUAAGACGUCUAGUACUUUGGAGGAAGGAAGAGCUGCUUGGAGUUAAAAAGUACUUGAGAAUGUGCUUGUGAUCUGGCUUUAAGCCCUGGGAGCUUUGCCUCUGUGCAAAUCAGGCUGCAGUCCUAACCGUGUCUACUCGGAGGUACGUCCUGUUGGCAUUCAGUAGGGCUUACUUCCAAAUAAGUGGGGUUAGGGUUGCAGCCCCAAGCAGCUCUGCAGUGCGCCCUCCUCCCAAUUUCAUUCUUCAGUUAAUUUCAGAAUGGCGCUUCAGUGAAAAGCAGCUAAGCUUCUUAAAGUGAAUAAAUCAACAUUGGUGAUCAUGAAGGCACCAAAAAUAGCUAUGGGAUUUAAUCCUUAUUUUGGGAACGUUGCCAACAGUAGUGUAUUCAGCCCAGCCUGCCGUUACUUAAAUCUUAUUACUUAAAAGUGAAUUAUGUCUCUGCACUGUUCAGAGGCUCAAAGUACCUUGUGUCUCUUUCAACAAAAUUUCCCAUUCUCCUCCACCUAAUUAAUGUUAGUGAACAGAAGUCUCCAAGGACCAAUGUUUUUCCCGUUUAAAAAAUUGUGGCUUUUUAAUUAUAUUGAUGAAACUUAUGAGAGGAUAUAAUUUCCUUUGUUUUUAAAUAACUUGUUUCUCUUGUGUACUUCUCUCUCUCUCUCUUUAAAAAGAACCUUACUGCCCUCAUUCCUGGAACGACAGUAGAGAUUUUAAAUCAAGACUCUACAAAUAUUAUCCAGCUUAUAGUCAAGGCCUACAAUGUGAGUUUUUCACUUUUGGUGUUUAGAUGUCAUCAAUUUCGUCUGUAUGUUUUAAUUAUUUAGAAUACUUACAUCCUUGUCUGUGGCCCCAAGAGGCUCUCGAAGUGGUUUACAAAGGAGUCUCAAAAUAAAAGAUGCAUUCAAGUGUGUUAUUGGGGAGCAGACAUAACAUUGUGCCACUCUGCAAGCAUAUCAUGAAAGGAGGUGUGUGCAGAUGAUGCCACCUAGCUGGUAAGAAAAUUGAACUUGUGUCCUGCACUGUAAAUCUAUGGAUUUCCUUAAAUUUACUACUACAGUCCAUUUCUCUUCAGAUUGUCAGUCUAGUUGUUUCUUCUUGCUUCACACAUCCUCCAUCAUCAUUGUUGACCAGCCAUCCCCUGCCCUGGUAACUGUGACAUUUGAAUUUCUCUAUUGAACCACAGAAGAGCCAGUCUAGUGCAGUGGUUAGAGUGUUGGACUAGGACCUAGGAGACUGGAGUUCAAAUCCUCACUAGCCCAGGCUUGCCAUAUGUCAGGAAAAUUCCUGACAUGUCCUGGUUUUCGGGUGUAAAAAUGGCGUUGGGGGAAUUUUGCCGAAUCAGUCAAAUGUCAUGGGAAGCCUGGAUGCAUGGCAAUAUGAUGAAAAAAGCUCCAAAAGCUUAAAAUCACUUUGAGGUAGGAUAGAAAUGCAGUAAAAAAAUAAUGAACAGAUAUUUGUCUGCUUACACAAAUUACCCACUUCGAAUUAUUUCUCUUGCUCUUUGGCAGAGAUUGUGAGGUCGGAUCUUCUCAUACUGUAUGUAGGUGAUUUUGUACAUAGGUGCUGUAUAAGAACAUAAAAUUAUUUUGCUUUGAUGGAUUGAAGCCAGAAUAGGAGCUCUAACGGUUUCAUCUCUUGGCUUGAAUUCCUGUUAUCCGAUUUCUCAUUGUUAAUCCUGUUUCUUGACUGUUUUCUCUAUAAUGUUUCAACGCAGAGAAGUGCUGUUCCAGAGUGUUUAUUACUUCCUUUUGAUUACUUCCCUUUCCCUCAUGAGUGCCAGAAAAGCACUUUUAGUCUCUUCCCAUGGAGCAGUGCUUAGAGGUUAAGCUCGGCUGCAUGGAUGCCUAUUAGAAGUCAAAGCUGCAUUAUGCAACGUCCAUGUUGUCCCCCGAUUGGCUCUUUGGGACCAUAAAAGAGGCUGCUGGGAGAAAGGAAAUUGGCCACUCAUGAGCAUGCAGCUACUUGUUAAUAUUUUUGUGGCCCCCUUUUUCCUGUAUUUGACUUAUAGAUAGACCCUGCCCUGAUAAGAAAGGUAGAUUUAUGUUGAAUAAUAAAGGCAGCAGCACAUUCAACCUAGUAAUACCGGUUCUGACUGGCAGCAUCUUUUUGUUUUAAAGAUCACAGCAGGAAAAGGAGAUGGCAUGUAUGAGGGAUGCCCAUUUCCUCCGUUUGUUUUGAUUGUGUGGGAGGCUGAUGAGGAUAGUUGGCAUGUGGGCAGCAGAUGAUUUGUUGCUGUGUAUGCCACAAGAAUUUUGGAAUUAUUUAGAGUUUAAGAAUUUCUUGUUGGAAGCCGCCCAGAGUGGCUGAGGAAACCUAGCCAGAAGGGUGUGGUGUAAGUAAUUAUUAUUAUUAGUAGUAGUAAUAAUAAUAAUAACUAAUUAGACUCCAGUUUCAUUGGUAUUUUAAUGUAUUAAGACAGCCAUAGCCAACCUGGUGCCCUGUAGAAGCUGUUGGACUACAACUCUCAUUGUCCUUGCCCAUUGGUCUUGCUGGCAAGGGCUGAUGAGAGCUGGGAGUCCAAUUAUAUCCUGAGAGCAGCAUGCUGGGUCUAUUGAAAAACAAGCCAUGUUAACAUUGGAGAAUUCAACAGAGAUGCAUUUUUUAAAACACACACACACACACACACACACACACACACACACACCACCACCACCACCACCACCACCACCACCACCAACAACACAGAGACUUUCUGCUACUCUGCUUUUGAUUUGGAAAUACUUGAUAUCCUGUUUAUCUCAUUGUAAAAGACACCAGACUAUGAUAGUGAAUCUUUAUAGCUAUUUAGAAUGCUUAUAAACAAAGACCCUGAAGGGAGGAGUGGGGGACCAUAAAAGGUUUGAACUUAUUUUUACAGCAAUGGUAAUGAGCGAAGGAUAAACAAUCAGUCACCAUUAUAGUUACGUGUGCCCAACUCAUUGUUUCCUUCCUUGGAAAGCCAGUACAGAACUGCCCACUUGCUAACACUGGAAUACUGAUGAAGAGGAACUAGGCAGUGAGUGAAGCAUCACAGAGAAGGAGUGCAGGCAAAAGGGCAAGUGGUGGAGAAGCAACUCUGGGCUUGGCAGUAGGACAAUUAUAUUCCAUGAAGUUUCUUGGUUGGAGAGGGGAUGUAGGGGAUUUAGUCAGUUCAAACAUCACUGCAGGUGAAGAGGUUUGGAAGAAUCCUUAGAACAGAUUUAGGAAGUGCAGUGAUUGUUAUAAUAUCCCAAGCCACCAGACCCCUCAACAACUUUGAGAUGUACAUUAGACAAAAUUGCAAUAAUACUAAAAGAGCCAUUUUUCUUCUUCAUAAUGUUUAUAUAUAUCUAUAUAUAUAUCUAUAUAUAUAUCUAUAUAUCUAUAUAUAUAUAUAUAUAUAUACACACACACACACACACACCUCCCUUCAUCCUCAAAUACACAAGCAGUAAAAUCUCAGGGCCUUUAAAUUCAAAUACAGGAUGAUUCUUGGAGCGCUCUGUGGAAUGAACCUCCAUUCCUCUCAGUCUCAGCUGGAAUGAAAGAAAAUGCCAGCAAAUUACUCUGUUGGUGGUAUCUUACUUCAUAUGCUGUUCAUAAAAUAAAUCACUCAACUUCACCUCUCUCUGUGCUGAAGAAACUGUGGAAAGCAAGGCACUUCCUUUCAUAUGUGGUGGUUAUGCCCAAUUAUUUCCACAAAAUUGGGAUUGGUCUUCCAGGAAAGAGGCAAGCUUAUUUCUCAGCCAAUAAUUCUGGAUUCUUUAGUAGCACUUAUGUUUAUCUAUGAUUCACAACCUAAACAUGUUUCUUAAAGCUAGAAACUGGAACCUUCCCUGGCAUCAAGAACUAUGGAAUGUGACACUGAUGAAGAAGGGAGGUGCUCCUUAUCGCUACUAUGGAUGCAACCUUAGAUCACUGUGCUGUUUCAUAUAAUUUGAUGUGCCCAUUAGUGCAUAGUUUGUUCCCACAAAUGUCUUAAGUGAAAUGAUGUAUGUGCUUUUAAAAUUUUUUAACUGAUGGGACUCUGUUUCUUUUCACUUUCUAGAGUAUCCGAUCUAAAGUAGAGCUAACUGUCUGGGAUAACCCUGAGGACCUCAACCUGGCUUUCACCGCCACGUGUCAGGAUGGCUUGUCAUACCCUGGAGUCAGGAAGUGUGCAGAUCUUCAGAUAGGAGACACGGUGAGUUUGUUUAUCCAGUGGACAGGAUAGGAAAUAAUCGUGGUAGAAUUGUAUAUGGGCCAUCAGGCUCCCAUGAAAGGGAUAAUUGAGGCAGUUCAAUAAUAGGAGUUCCCUCCUCUCAGAGGUGCCUGUGACCUCGGCACCAUGAAUUUAUAAAAACCCACCUUCUUCAAACGGCCUCUUUGUAAAAAAAAUCCCUCCACCUAGGGAGCUACCUUGCAGAAUAUAGCUGUUGUUGGUUGUUAUAUUGUUCUGCUAUUCUGCUUUGAUAACUUAAUGUUGCUGCCCUUGUCAGUUUUAGAUGGCUGUAAGAUUGUUCGUUGUUAUGUUUUUGAUAUUCUGAGCUGCCUUGGGUGGGCUGUGCCCUCAACAGUGGCACAUAAAUUCAGUUUUUAUUAGUUUAGAGAUAGGAGUUUAAGAGGAUUGCUUCCAGAUCUGAUAUUGAAAAAGAGAGACCAAAUUCUGCCAGUGAAUUCUGUUUGAGGACUGCUUUGAAACUGGAAGGCCACAACGUGUUGGGCUUGAGGGAAGCAGCUUUCCAUUCCAUACAUUAUGUAAUCUAUCUUGAAAAUGGUAAAAGCAUUUUAAUGUGUUAUUCUCAUUUUGAACUUCUUCAUCAGCUGGCCUACUACUUUCCCUUGCAUUGCUCACAUGGUAGCAGCACAUUCCUGCGCAUGCCUUAUCCCCCAUUUACCUUGGAGCAACUUUGCAAUCUUAGAUCAGUGAGCACUAAUCUGUACUUGGCUAGUUGUGAGUUUAUAUUGUCGGGGCAUGCUCACAACCCCUUGCAUUUGUGCUUGGAGAGAGCUGGGGAAGCAGAUUCCUUCUCUUGACAGACAGAAGUCAGAAAAGCAGCAUUUGCAAACAAUCGCCUUCUUUGCUUCCAGUGCUCAUUCCUCAGCUGUUAGUAUAAUCGCCUUCCCACGUGGCCCCAGCCUGUGGAUUUUAUGCACAGUAGAAUGUUGAUGCAAGCUGUGGUUUUGCUUACAUCCAGCGCAGUGUGUCAAAUAUUCAGUGUGAACUGGGGCCUAUGUGCAUUAACACUUAAGUGAGAAGGACCAAGGAAUAAUUAUCUUCGGAUGAUCAGAACACAGGAAGUCACCAAAUUUGUUUAAUUUGGAAAUGUAUAAUUGGCUUUUUAAAUUGUAUUAUGAUCUGGUAUGAUUUGACAUUGUAAUAAUGUGGCACAUAUUGGAGUGUUAUUAAUGAAAAAAAUAAGGAAAAAUGUUUUAUAAAACCAAAAAAACACUUAUGUGAGAAGGCCUUGAAUUGGACCCCUCUUCCCUGCUGCCCUGCAAAGAGAAAGUGCAGAUGGGUGACAUGAACAAGGCCUAUUUGCAUAGGCAUUUUCAAUAUGUGCCAUCAUUAUCCAGCAGAAAUGAAUAUAUCAAACCACACAUUGGGAGAAGGCACUGUAGAUCAGGCUUCCUCAACCUCGGCCCUCCAGAUGUUUUUGGCCUACAACUCCCAUGAUCCCUAGCUAGCAGGACCAGUGGUUAGGGAUGAUGGGAAUUGUAGUCUCAGAACAUCUGGAGGGCCACGGUUGAGGAAGCCUGCUGUAGAUGCUUCAUGCUUGUUCCCAUGAAGAAGACAGAAUCUGGAUAUUGUGAGUUCUGAUCUGCUCUGAUCACAGGAUUGGGAAACUUCUAUGGUCCGUGUAAUCCUGGGGCUCCUCCCAGCAAACCUUUUAAGCUCUGACUCUUUGAUCUGUUUUCCUUUGUGAAGGAGGAGACCUACUCCUUCCUUCAUACCCCUGCAAGUCUCUAGAUCAGGCUUUCCUAUGCUUUUUCUGAAUCGAGGACAGCACUGUUGGGGUUACUAAUAGUGAAACUUGCUGCAGUGUCCCAUCUGCACAUUGCCAUCUGGCACAGAAGAGCAGAGCAGGCUGGGAUUUCAAUAAAACGGAGAAUUCUAAGUGACCCUUUGAAAGAGCCAAGAGAUUGCCCCCUCCCCACUGUGUGUUUCAAACCAAGCCUGUUUCGAAGUACAUCAGAAAUCGGCUGAUAGAUAAACCUGGAGCAAAGCUAAAUGCUGCAUUGACAUAUGUAAUUACUUUAAAGUUUCAUAAAUCAGUUCCUUUCCUCCAUUUGUGCCGCUGUGUUUUACAGGGGUGGGCUGUCCCUUGUUUUAUUAGCAACAGUUCUGCAUUCUCCAAGCAGCCUGCAAAUUUGUGUUCAUUUAAAAAAAGAGAAAAAAAGCAAGGGAGAAAAGGGGGGAAUAAAAGAGACAACACUUAUUUGCGGUCUAAGCCUUCACUUCUCAAAGAGAAAAAUAUCUAGUGCUGAGUUUAGUUUGUAUCAUUGCAGAAUCUAUCAGUUUGACAGGUUUUUUAUGCCAUGUGUUUUAAAAAACAUAUGGCAUUGGGGGGGAUUGUGUAUCAUAAUAUCGUGGGCAUUUGGUAGCUUGUGGAUACAAUCAUUUAAAAACAACACCAUUUUGUUCAUUUUCAUUAAUAAAGAAUUCAUAGUUGCAAUUCAAAGUGCAACUGUAUGCAUGUUUUCACAGAAUAAGUCCCAUUGAGUUGAGUGAGCCUUACUUCCAGGUAAGUGUGUAUAGGUUAGCUAUAAUAAUGCAACAAAAAUUAACGGGGGGAGCGGAGGAAUUAAGGCAAGCCCUAACAAUGUUUUCAACCUGAAAACAGGAAAUCAUUGUUCAGACCGACUUCUCCCUUAGCCUGCAGAGAUAAUUGCACUUUUAUUUAUUAAGCAUUUAUAACACAUUCUUCAAAAAAAAAAGUUCCCAGAGUAGCAUACACAAACAGAAUAGAGCAGGCAUAGGCAAACUCAGCCCUCCAUAUAUUUUGGGACUACAAUUCCCAUCAUCCCUGGCCACUAGUCCUGUUAGCUAGGGAUGGUGGGAGUUGUAGUCCCAAAAACCUCUGGAGGGCCGAGUUUGCCUAUGCCUGGAAUAGAGCAAUGGUAGCAGAAUAAAAUCAAAUGUAACAGGGAGGAUGGAAGACUUGCAGAUCUGUGCUCUAAAGCUAGAGGAGGGAGCUUUCCUUCAAAACAAAAUAAGAACAACUUAACAAAAAUAUUCCCAUUGCUUGAAAUGGUAUGAGUGUUUGCUGCAAUAGAAGGGAUAUCUUUGCCCUUGCUUUUUCCUUUUCCCUUGCUUUUGCCCUUCUGCAGACAGAACCUGAUCAGACUGGUGGCUGAAUCCUACUUCAGUAGUGGCAGCAGAACAGCAUCCAACACUACAUCCAGGGCUAGGGGUGGGGUUGGCGUGGCAGGAGGCUAGCUGAGGAUGCCCAGGGGAACGGCAGGGUGUCUAAGGAGAAGGUCCAUCAGUCAGUAGUAAAGCUUUGCAUGCAGAAGGUCCCAUGUUCAGUCUCUGUCUGAGAGAGACCCCGUUUGAAGUCGCUGCCCGUCAAGUGCAGAUGAUACUGAGCUAGAUGGGCCAAUAGCCUGACUUGAUAUAUGUUCCUUGGUUCACUUCUCCCCCCCUUCCCCCAGCAUUUGCUGUUUGAGGGAGCUGCCUCAACCUGACCAACGGUAGAGCUGGUUCUGCCAAAACAUUUGAGUUUUUUAAGGCUUCUGAUAACUUCCCAUUCCUACCUUUCACUAUUCCCACAUAGGUUUCCUUUGAGAUAUCAGUAGAAGCUCGGAGUUGCCCCGCUGAGAACACCUCGCAUACGUUCACUAUCAGGCCGGAUUGGUUUCGGGACACUCUGGAGGUGACUGUCACCUACAACUGCGUGUGCGGAUGUACCAAACAGAUAGAGCACAGCAGCAGCAAGUGCAGUGGGAACGGCACCUACGUGUGUGGGUUAUGUGACUGUGAUCCGGGCCACGUGGGAGCCAAGUGUGAAUGUGAGGAAGGCGAGAGUGGGAACAUGUACCAGAACAUGUGCCGCGAAGCUGAAGGGAAGCGGGUCUGCAACGGCCGAGGGGAAUGCUCUUGCAACCACUGUGUCUGCUUCGAGAGCGAAUUUGGGAAGAUCUACGGGCUGUUCUGCGAGUGCGAUGACUUCUCCUGCCCAAGAUAUAAAGGUGUAAUCUGUUCAGGUAAGUGCGAGGCAAUCUAAUAAUGCAUUUUCCUGUCCAACUCGAAUCUUGUAAGAGCUCUCAGGUGUGAAGGGUGAGCCAUGCAGUUUCUUCUCCCCGAGAUCUUCUGUUAAUCGUUUUCUUAAGCCAAAGGUGACCCUGCAGAAAUGGUCAAACUCCACAACUCCCAUCCCCUCUGACCAUUGGCCUUGCUGGAUGGGACUGUUGGGAAAGGGGAGUCCAGCAACAUCUGAAGGGUCACAGGUUCCCACCCCACCCCAAUCAUGCAAAAACAUUUCAAAAGACAUUCACUUACAAGCCAAUGCACCAAGACCUCUUCUCAGCACAGGGAAAUGUGAUUCAUAUGCUAGACCUACGUUGUCACCAAAAGAAAGCAUGUUCCAAAAGCCAUAUUCGCCACGUGAAACUAGUGCGGCCAGAUCACUUCCUGAUUUGCAGCCCCAAAUCACACUUUCUUGGUAACAUUAAGUUAUGUAUGUUGUGCUCUGAGGUCUCUGCCAACAGCUAAUGAGGUGAAAUGGACGAGGAAACCCACAAAACGCCACGAGUGUUGUGUUAUUAAAUGUUUAUUUGGGAGAAGGGAAAAUGGUGCUGCAUUUGACUGUGAUCAUGCAUUGGUAAUAAUGUGCAGAUCAAGCCACCAGAACAGAGGUGGCGAAGUGAUUCUCCAGAUGUUGAUGGACUAGGACUUCCAUCAGCCCCAGUCAGCAUAGCUAAUGGUAAGGGGUUGUAUUCCAGCAACAUCUGUGGAGAGCCACAGGUUCCCCAAUCCAUGCUGUAGAGUUUAAGCUUUUUAAUCCUUUUGACAACACUUGCAAAAUGUUUACAUACAUGCAGACAGCUUUAUGUACACCAUCCCAGAAAUAAGGGGCGGGCAAGCGAGAUACAUACUCCUUUAUUUUGCAAUAUUUAUAUACCGCUUGAACGGUGGUAAAAUGGCUGUGGUAACUGCCUGACUUUGCAGUUCAGCCUUGAUCACUGUAAGCGUGAACUCGUACAACACUGCAGCGUCUUGCAAAAUGAAGCAUACUUUCCAUGGCCUGUGUAGCAAGAGCCACCUUUAAGUAGUCAUCUGAGUCUGAGUCAUACUGGGCACUCACGAAUCUGCAGAUGUUAGGUCUGCAGUAUUUCUUCUUUUCAAGGAUUAAAUACUGCAAGCUACAGUGGUGGCAGUAAAGGAAAUGAAGAAGAAAAUGGCUUAGAUUAACCUUAAGAGGAACCGUGUUACCUGUCUUCUUGCAAUUUGGCUUCCUUUUCUCCCUAGUCCAGAUGUCAAUUUGACAUCUGGAAACAUUGGAUUUCUAGUGCCACAUUUACUGCUAAGCUAGAACCCUAUAGCUUUGCUUAGAAAUAAUGUAAUUAUGCUGUUUAGUGUGUGUGAAGUUUUCUAGCAGAAGUAUGAAGCACCGUUGCUAUUGUUAGAAUGGUGUUUUGGAACUUUGAAUGUAAUAUCAUUACUGAGGACUAGAGUCCUGCUAAAUGCAGGCUUAUCCUUCUCUUUGCUUUCUUACUAAAAUAUAAAAAAAUUGGAAAACUCAUCCUUUUAUAUAGUGCAUUUUGAAUGCUUAAAGCACUUCAUGUACUUUCGCUUUGUAAUUCUUUUAACAACCUUAUAAGAAGAUGAGUUUGGAUUUGAUAUCCCGCUUUAUCACUACCCUAAGGAGUCUCAAAGCGGCUAACAUUCUCCUUUCCUUUCCUCCCCCACAACAAACACUCUGUGAGGUGAGUGAGGCUGGGAGACUUCAGAGAAGUGUGACUAGCCCAAGGUCACCCAGCAGCUGCAUGUGGAGGAGCGGGGAAGCGAUUUUUAUUGUAUUUUCAAUCAUAAUAAAAACUGACUUGAAACUAUGGCAGCUAGUUGUUUUCCACCCAAAAGAAUAUCCAAAGUAGCUUAAGGAAAUGCUGAUACAUAAGAAAUUUUUCACAGUGCUGCCCAAAGUCCCUAGACCUGUAAGUCCCUCCAAAGGUUGUCUCCUUUGGUCAUUGUUCAAUUUACUUCAGAACAUUUUCAGGUGCCCUUAAUAGGAAUCUAAUUUGGCACAUUCAUUUUACUUUUGUUUAGUAAACAGGACUCAAGACUCUGAAACUACCAAGCGUGCCUAAUAUUGUAUUUACAAUUCACACCCGUUCCUUGUUACUAAAUAAACUUGAGGAAACAGGGGGGAAAUGUGGAAAAAUAAUGGGCUGGGAAAAUUUCCACUCCACAUCACUACUGAAAAGCCAUUAGUGGUAGGGGCCAGGUGAGCCUCCCUAGGGAGAUGAGCACUUCUGGGAAGGUUCUCUCUUCAGGUAGGCAUAAUAAAGGUUCCUCUUUUUUUGGAGGAGAUUUUUGGGACUAUUCUGUCCUGGGUUUUGCCUACUGCAAAGGGUAGUCUGAUCAUCCCUUGCCAUUGGCUAUGCCUAUUGGGGCUCUUGGGAGUUGUAGUUCACCUCUGGAGGGCCAAAGGUUCCCCAUACCUGAUUUAGAGCCAUCCUUUUGGGGCACUGCUCUUCUUUCUUUAUGCUGCUCCUUGAAUUGGAUGUGAAUAGCAGAAGCAGCUGAUCGAAACCACCUCCACAGUUUUAGCUACUCGAGUGCCAAAUUGAACUCUGGCAGUCAUUAAACUCUGUGGCAGACAAACCCAGAAGGACAAGAACACCCUGAGGAGAAUCCAGAAACUUUGCAAAAGCAAUCAGCAGCAGCGAGGCAGCUUAAAAAUUAUGUGCAGAUCAGAGAAUCUGGAAAUAAGAUAUAUCUGCAAAGUUCUGCAAGCUGGUGGGCCCAUCUCAGGAUGGAUAGUGCUUUUGAUUGUGAAUUUACAGGGCUCAUAUAAUAUUCUUUUUACUAUGGCGAAGGAAGGUGAAAGCAUGUUUUAUAGCUAGCAUAUGAUGACUUGGAUGCCUGGAAGCUUUCCCAGGAGUGAUUCAGUAUGUUUAAUUGCAGUGCAAGUCAAAAGGAGACAGUAUGGUUUGUGGAUGAAAGUAGCCCAUACAUUGGGGAAUGAAUCUUAAGCCACAUGGAGUGUUGAAUCAUGUCAAUGCUAUAUUUCAUGCAAGUAAAAUAAGAUAAUUCAUGCACUUUAUGAGGAAAUGGUUAUGAUAAUAGGGGCAACAACAAAAGGGUAUGAUUUGGCAUCAGUUGAGGACGAUCCAAAAUAAUUUAAAGGACGGUAACCACAAAGGAGAACAGCAAACUCCCCCUGCUAUCAGAGUUCAGCCAUAUCUUAUAAUUUAGAAAAUUCUGCAAAAAUUACACACAGUAGUAGAGCAGGGAGAGGAAUGUUUGAAUGGGGGGAAAGCCCCAAAUGUUACAGAAUCUUUUUUCUCUCCAGAGGGGUAGCCAUGUUAUUUUUGUGUGGUUUAGUUUGCUCAUUACGAUUGAAACAUUCUCAGCUGGAGUUCCUGCCUCUUGCAACUUUUGUGAUGCAGUCUCUUGGCACUAGUUGUCUGCUUUAGAGAUCAGGAUCCAAACAACUAGCAACACAUUCUUUAUGCUUGAUAUGUUGCUGAUGCAUUUGAAUCCUUGUAGAUUUUGAGGUCUCUGGAGGAGGGGUGCAGUUCAGACAAGCUGUCCUCCUUCACUGCUGAACUCCUGAUUCUUUCCGGGUCAAAUGCCUUUUAGAUUCCUUUAUGGCUACUGCAUCUUGAUAAGUAUAACCGUGUGUGUGUUUUCUGACUCAUGACUAGGGAUGGGGAGAAAUUUGCGUUGUUUCACAUUUUCAUACAAAUUCACGCUUUUUGAAACAAUAUGCAAACUGAAAUGCAGCUAUGCUUCAAAAUUUAUGUUCCUUCAAAUUUUCUUAAUGCACUUCUCCAACCAAAGAUUGUAUACAAAAAUGUGGCUUUUUGGGGGGGGGGGUGCGGAUAAAAAACAGCACACAAAAAUGCAUUUUGUUAGGGAAGAUGGCUUUCAAAACUGAAUAUAGCAGGAGAAACAUAUGCUGAAAUACUGAUACAUUUUCAUUGAGACUUUUGAAAACCUGGUGUGGAAAUAUGUACUGGACUGAACCGUGAGAUUGGAAAAACGAGAGACUGAAAUGGACACAUUUAUUCCUCCCUGCCCGUGACACUUCUGGUUAGCGGCAGAGAUUUAUGGAUUCCCCAGGCAUGUUUUAAAAGAAAGUGAGCCAGCAUUGGGGUCUGCUGGCCUGCUUUUACUUGAAUUCCAUUCCAAGUGCCUCUUAACAAGGAUUAGGCGUGGCAUGCUUCUAGCCAUUAUUGCCACAUGGGUUAACAUGCAGAAAUGUGGGGUCAAGAUUUAGGUCCCUCAGAUGUAAUAAGGACUGACAUGAACAGCAGGAAGUGGCGUCCUGUUGUUUGUUGCUAGUUGUAGCGGGGCGGCUUCCACUACGUGCAUUAGAUUUUGAAGAUAUUCUUUGUGCUUGGGAGUUCCAAUAGCUUAGCAGUCUUUCUUCUUCUUCUGAUGCUUUAUGUACGUGUCUUGGGGGUCAUCAGCCUUAUUCCCUCUAGGGGUUUAUGGGUUCAGUUUGACACCACCCCCAUCCUGCAGGCAUCUCUUCUCCCCCUCCCCUCUCCCAUCCUCCAAUUGCUUUUGCCUAACCCCCUUUAUAAAAAGUCAGGAGUUGUUUUUCCUGCUGGGAUCUGUCUUUUGCCCAUCCUUGUAAUAACGCAACAGAACACCACUAACAUAAUGGCAAACAGCUCAGGGGGGAGGGCAGGGGAACUUCCCCUUGCUUGCAUAAAAAUUAAAAAAACAGUAGUGGGCAAAAAAUUAACCACUUAACCACAUAUUGCCCAAGUGAUGUGAAGCCAGAGCAGAUGUGAGCAAGACUGAUGGAUACUGGAUUUUUCCAGAAUUAGCACAAUGACUUAUCGCCCCUUUCACAUGAUACUGUAUGUGCAAGAACAGGCUGUAUACCUAGUUAAGGGUACAAGGAGAGUUUCACACCUUCUGGAACCCCUUCUUUUCACCUAAUAGAUAAUUUGCGGGUCCGGGGUUUAGUUUGGAGAUAGAUGAUACCAGUAUAGAUCAUGAAAAAUUCAAACAUCAGUUGUUUAGGAUUUAUACAUGCAAAUGUGUGCUACUUUCAGUAGAGCACACCUUUAGCUGUGCAGUCCUCUGAAAGCAACAGAGUACAGAGAUGAUGAGAAUCCACGUAUGCUGUCUGUCUGCAGUGUGUUGGUUUCAGAAGGAUGCACCUCCAAAUACAGUUUCCAUUGAAAGCAAUGCAGUGCAGAGUUUUUGCUUUGAUGAUUGGUACAGUACUGGGAAACACAUUUGUAUGUGUGCAUCCCUGAUCAGUAGUCCUGAUUCUAAGGCAAGGCGACGGUGGAGCAGUUUUGGACUUUGAGAAUAUGGUUCUAAGGCACAUCCUGCAUUUUGAAGUCAUUUUGAAAAUUGUAAGUGAAGCUUAAAGGAUCAGUUGUCUGCUUGCAUACUUUCUAAUAACUCUGUGGACCUGACAGGGAAGAAUACAUAGGUGGUAUCCCUGGAUCUUGGGCUGCAGCUUCUGCUUAGCAGGCACACCUGUUGCUUGUCAGCUCUCUACUGAGCUAGCAGGCAAAAUCAGAAAUCAUAGGAUCAUAAGAGUUGGAAGGAACCCUGAUGAUAGGCAAGAAUAUGCAGUUGUCCCUUAUGAACCAGUUCUUAACAUGUGGGUCACAACUCAUCCAUCUAGAUUGAAAUAUACUUGCCCUUUCUGUGCCCCCUGCUCUUCCACUGGCUGGUUAACGAAUGACUCUGGAUAUAUUUUCUCCUCUCCUGUGUAGUUGGGACUCAUUAGCUGGGAAGAGUCUUCACAUUCUACAGUGGUACCUCUGGUUACGUACUUAAUUCAUUCCGGAGGUCCAUUCUUAACCUGAAACUGUUCUUAACCUGAAGCACCACUUUAGCUAAUGGGGCCUCCCGCUGCCGCCGCACCGCUGCCGCGCGAUUUCUGUUCUCAUUCUGAAGCAAAGUUCUUAACCCGAGGUACUAUUUCUGGGUUAGUGGAGUCUGUAACCUGAAGCGUAUGUAACCCGAGGUACCACUGUACUUGAACAGGAUGCACUAUAUAUUGUUGUUGAUAAAAAAGGCAGUUCUUAGAUCCCAUCUGGCACUGCCAUGUGGAAUGAAAUCAUGCAACUGUCACAUGCUUUUUUAAAAUGGCUACCGGCUGAGUAAUCACUGUCGAUGUUGAAACCUCUCUCCUCAAUUAAUGCAUCAUCUUAAAACAUGUGCAUGUGCUGAGUAAGUGCUACUGUAUUUCUGAAUGUGCUUAUCUAGCAUGUUUUUGUUCCUUUUUUCAGAUCUGCUAAGCUACCCUUUCCCCCGUGUUAACCUCUGAUUUCUGAAACCUUUACUUGAAAUUUGUGGUUUAAAAUAACUUUGUGCUGGAUGUGCAUGUUCAAAUGCUCAUUUAGUCCUGUUUAGUAAAGAAAUAGAUGCAAGCGGUAGCAGCAGAGCUGUUUCCCCCAAUACGGGAAUGUGGUAUUGCACUGCUGGCAUUAGAUUGAAGAUAGCAUGAACAUAGCGGGAAGGAUUAAAUCUUUGUUUUUUUAAUUGAUGAGAAAAGCACUAAAGCGCCAUCCUGGUAGCACAGGAAUCACUAUUCCAUUCAUGUCCAAAGCCUAUAAAAAGGGAAAGCAACUGUUCAGCAUCUGAAUGAAUUUGGCAGCAGCACUAAAAAGACAUGAGCUGUGUAUAUACAAAGCCCCUCCAAGUAGUGAAUUCCUGUUGCAUGCACCAACUUUUUUUAACUGUGAAAACCCAAAAGACCAUUUUGGCAGCUGAACUGAUAAUCCAACUAUUAUUUUCAGUAUACUGCAAAGUAUUGUUUGGAUGCAUCUAGGAUGGUUGGAGCAGCAAAGGAGACUUCCUCGAGUAUAGAAAUCCUUGUGACCCAUAUACUUUCCUUUCCAAGGGAAGAGAAAAAAAAUCAAACUUCCUAGUCAGCAAAGUUGUGAAAGAAAUUCACAAUUUGCACAAAGAUGACGGGUGCAAAAUAAAUAGAUCUCUGUUUCUGCUUAUAAUGACCCCUUGUUUGCGCAUCCCUUUUGGAUUAUUGAAAUCCAGUCAUCUCAGUAAGGCAUGCUGCUUAGCAUAUUAGUUGACUCUUGCUACUGGCUUGUCAAAAAGCAGGGAGAUUUCAGCACAAUCCUUAACUUUUUCUCCUUGCCUCCCACUUACUCCCUUCCCCAGACAUUCUCGCCUCCAGUCCUGGCCCAGGUUAUAACAGCUAUACAUUUAUCGUGUAAGCUGUUCUUACCUGUAAAUUUAUGGAUUCGAUGAACCUGCUGCAUUUAUACUCAGCAUUCAAGUUGGGGGGAAAGGCAGAAUGUGCGGGAAAUGAUGAGGCACAGAGGCUUAACCUGUUACACAGAGACAUCGGAAGUUGCCUUAUACCAGAUCAAAACAUUGGCCCAUCUAGCUUGCUCCUGCCUGUGCUUAGUUGGGAGCAGCUCUUUAGGGUCUCAAAAGAGUCUUUUCUAGUCCUGCCUAGUUAAUAGAGAUCCAGGAUUGAAACUGGGACCUGCAUGCAAGGAAGGUGCUCUGCCACUAACACUCCUUCCCCAACUGUUGAUUUCCUUUUGUGCUCUUAAGCACAUAUCACACCUUUGGCUCACUGCUGUGCAACAUUCUGAGGCUGCACAUUCCUCUGAGCCCUGUGGUGCAUUCACGCCCUCUUUCUUUUCCCCUCUCCCCACCACCUCCAUCCCUGGUGCUUUCCCCCCACCAAGACAAUUUCCCCUGCUAAUCCCAAGAAUUGAUAGCUUACAUGCAUCUGGUAGGAUGUUUCCCCAUGUAGUGCAGAAUGCACCGUGUUGGGAAAAGUAAAUGAGCUGUUUCCAUGGCAGUUUACACUGCAGAGAGCAGCAUCCGGUGAUAUAUGUUCUGUAAUUUAUUUAUAUUUUUUGGCGGGGUGGGAGAGGAAUGACAGGGGCAAUGUGACUGAAUAUCCCAUGUGGCUUGGCCCAUAAUAGGGCAGGGCUUGCUCUCCCUAGGUUUAAAACAACGAAUGUGUGAGAUUGGUAUUAUAAGGUGGUUUAACAGCUUUCUCUUGGUAGGGUCAAGGGGUCCCACGCUGCUCCAGCCACUCCCUAUGCCUUGGACCCUUGAGUCUUUGACAGGCCCCUGUGUGUUUCUGCAUUGAAUGGUUCCACCUUCCACAGCUGACAGCUCUGUUACUGCUUGUUCAUGUGGAUAUGAGAGAGGUCUUCCACAGGACUCCUGACAUGGGUGUCUGCAAUAUUUUUUUCUGGUGUGGGCAAGGGGUACCCAAAAAUUGAAAAGGGGGAGCAGUCUGGUUUCUCACACAGAAAGGAGAAUAGUGUUUGUACAUUUUUGCCCCAUAUAUCUGGCUCUUCAAAUGCUAGGCACAUAUCCUUUUUAAAAAAAUGAAUGCUGGGAAUAAACAGAUUAUGGUUUACUUGGGGUGCGUGAGAGAAUGUGCAGACAAGAAUCUAUGAUGUUCCUUGUUCUCCCAGUGAGCAUCUAGUCCUGUAAAUUUUGAUUCUUCAGGAAGCGGCAGUAAUGCACACUUAAAGAGUUUAUAAAGGCAUCCACUGCUUCCCCCACUUUUGUUUCUGUUUUUAGGGGCCUGAGUGGGUGGUUAGGGCAAUGAGUGCAGUGGCGCUUUAAAGACUCAUUGAUUUAAAGUGCCAUGAGCUUGAAGUGGAACAGCAAGCUUAUAUUCACAUGGGUUGACAUACCUGCCCUGUUAAGUCAAGUCAACAUGGUGAAGGCUGAGGUGGAAUGUAAAAACAGACCUCUGCAUAGUUUUGUGUUUUAAACAGGAACGUGGCACGUAAGUGGCUUAUGGUUAGUGUAUAGCACUUUGUUGUGAAGUUGUCUUAAUGAAAGCUUCCAUGGCCUUCAUGAAAAUUCAGUACUUUUAGUCAUCUGAUCAAGAAGGAAAAAAUGCUCAGAACACUCACAGGUUAUUUGAAGCUUUUGCCUGCAGAAAAGGAGCGACUGAAUAAUUUUGCUAAGGAAAGCCUUCAUCCUUAACAUGUGCAAAGGUCACAAAACUCGAGAGUCUAGAAGGGUUGGACGCCUGCUUUUUGCCAACUGCUAAAUUAACUCCAGUCAUUUCUUAGCCCCUGCUGAGAGCAUGAAAAACAAGGGUGUGUGUGAAGACAGGAAGCAAACUGGAGGGAUGGUGGAAAGACUGUAAUGACUUCAUGAUCAAGGUAUCCUUAAUGUGAACUGACAGUGUUUUUAAUUAUUGUUGUUGUUUAUAUAGUGCCUCUUUUUCUCCCUUCAUUUUUUAAAAUUUCUUUUUUGUUUCCCUUCUUUGUUAAAUUUGCAAAUAAAUAAUAAUGAAGACAACUGUAGUGGCUGAAGUCUGUGGUUUUUGUAAAAAAACAAAACAACACAGACUAAAUGGAAAAUGCUGACUCAAAAUAAAUGGCAUUAGGAAUAACUGGAAAAAGACGGUGUUCUCAGUAAUAACUGCAUCUGUGAAUGCUGAAUGAUUUAUAUGAGAAGGGUUGGCAAGACUGAGGGUGCUGGACAGUCUAAAGAAGUGUAAUGUUUUGGAAGAAACAUGUUUUUCCAAAUACUGCCUCCCAAUGAGGCAUGUCCAGCAACAUUGCUUUGUGUAUCUGUGUGACUUGCUGCGUAAGGCGUCAUCUACACCAUCCAUUUAAAGCCUUGCCGCAUCACCUUAAAUGCUAAUGGCUUCCUCCAAAGAAUCCUGGGAAUUCCCAGUUACAGUAGUGUGUGUGGGCAGAAGAUAGUGGAACAGGGGAGGACAAGUUGGCUUAACUUUUUAAUUAUUUGUCCUGAGGCUCAGUUGUUUCUAUGAUGGUUUCUUGCUCAGGCAUCCUCCCUCUUGUUUCAAAGCAAAAAGCAGAAAUUGUGGGAGUUGGGAAAAGUGAUGCUGGGUUUUCUUCAGAAGCUUAUAGAUAGUGCACAGUCUGAUUUCACAAUAUACAAGCAGCUGUGCAGAUUCAUGUCUUGCUGGAAUCUUUUUUUAUUCUCUUGAGUCUGGUAGUGCUCUAGCUUUGCCCAUCUUCACAGUUGGUUAAUCUCUUUUAGCCCUAGUAGUCUGCCAUCCCAGGAAAAACAUCUGGGAGAGCUUCUGCUACCUUGUGCAAAAUUCAUGGUGUGGCAGUGUGUGAUGCGUGCUUAUUUGUGCUAUUUUGGAAUGUAGACAGAAGCUAAUGCUCCUUUCUUGAGUCAUGGAAAUAACUCUGUUGGAAGCUGUUUAACUUGUUUGCCUAAGAAGGAACUGCUUCUCGUCAUACCCUGUUUCUAAACUCAACCUUCUAGAUUUUCCAAAGUUCAAAGCUUUUUCCUGCAUUCCUCUAAAGUUUGUACUUAUUUUUAAAAACUUGAAUCCCACCAAACAAAAAAGGCAGCAUGCAACAUUAUGUAGAAAUAACAGUAAAACACCCCAAGUAUCAACUUUAUAAAUUAGAGUCUUCUAGACAAAAACAACAGCAAACAAUAUAAAAAUUGUUUCACUAACAAUGUUUCACUAACAAUGUAAGAAGCAGUGCAGAGCUGCCAUAGCAGACUUUAGGGCAGAGAGAGUUCUACAGUAGGGGGCUGCUACAGAAAAGGUCCCGCUGCUUGUAACUACCACCUAACAUUUGCUAACAAUGGGACUUGGAGCAAUCCCACCUCCUCAGAUGAUGUUUGUGCAUUCUAGGGGGUAGUGUCUUCUGUGGGAGAGAAAGCAUUCUGUAAAUCAGGGAUAGCCAAUGUGAUGCCCCCCAGAUGUUUCGACCACAGCAUCUCCUAGCAUCCCUGACUAUUGGCCAUGCUGAAUGGGAUUGGGGGAAGUUGUGGUCCAAAACAUGUUGGAUACCCCUUGCCCUAAAUUAACCUGGACCAAUAUAUAUGUCUUUAUUUAGGGCUUUAAAGGUUAACACCAACACUUUGAAUUGUGCUCAGGGAUAAUUUGAGGACCACUUCAUUUUUUCUCAACAGUAGUGUUUUGUUCUCCCACCAUGUAGUGGUGAGCACAACUGAAGUUUCUGAUCCCUCUCUUUAGAACAUAAGAAGAACCCUGCUAGAUCAGACCAAAGGCCAGCAUCCUGUUUGCCCAGUGGCCAACCAUUUAUAAGGGUGCAAUCCAGCUCCAUUAAAAUAAGUAGGAGUCCUGCUGUUGACUUUAGUGGGAGUCCCAUUAUGAUUUAAGGUGCAAGAGACAGAAGUUAGCUUGUUUGCCUUAUUUCUGUAUAAGUCAUCUCUCUCCAUGCGGGAAACUUAAUUGGACUGCGUUAGAGCUCCCAUCCAGCACCAUUUAAAUAUAUAUAUAAGGGCAAUCAUGCAUUUAUUUAUUUUCUAGGAGUUUCCAUUUGGGAAAUAUAAAAUGCUACUCAGCCAGUUUAAUCUAAUUGUAAUGGUUCAACUUGUUUUUUUCUUUUCUUUCCUUUUUUCAAAAACCCAGACAAACGCGAUGAGGACUGGCAUGUGUCCUUGUAAACAAAUUGCAGAAAAGCUGCAGCGUGGAGGUCUGUGUCUUAAACUGUGCCAAAUCUCUUAAUUUGUAUUGUGCUCUUGACACUCCUGCUGAAAAGGCAGAGGAGUGGAGAAAAACGGAAAGUGAGGGGGAGGGAAGAGAUGAAGGGAGAUGGUCUCUUUGUUGUGCCUUGUUCACUUAGCAAGGAUUCCUGCAUGAAAUGGGGGCAAAGGAGGCCAGGGCAGCGUCCUGCCAAGCCCCUGAACAACAGCAAGACAGCAGUGUUCUCCCAGUCUUUGCUUAUUUAGCUGCAAUAGGAUGCAUCUCGGAAUUUGAGUCUGAGUCAGUCCCAUGUAUCCAUCUCCCUUGUUGAGAAAGGGAAUAGCUUUGGUGAAACUGCUGCAAGUUCCCGACUCAUGAAUCUGUUGAUUUAGCUGGCCUGUGUGUCUUGUUUUCAUCUCCUGGGAGUUGGGAAUGUAAUUUAAAGUACACGGGAGGCAAACUGCAGGGCCUUUUACCAUAACAAAACCAAUAAUAUUUAAGGGAAGAGCUGUGGCUCAGUGGCAGAGCAUUCGCUCUGCACACAGAAAGUCCCAAGUUCAAUCCCUGGCACCUCUAGGUAGAACAGGAGAGAGCCCUUUCUGAAACCCUGGAUAGCUGCUGCUGGUCAGUGUAGACAGUCCUGAGCUAGAUGGAAAUAAUGGUGUUCUCAUCUCCUGUGGCAGUAAUUUAGCAGCAGGACUCCGAGCUUGGAGUGAUACCGUUAUCUCUGUUUUGUCUAAUAUCAGGACAGUUUACAUAUUACAGCUGUAAUUAAGGUGGUGGCUAUGAACUAUCCCACAGAGAGGCUGUUACCUUACUGUGAGCUGUUCAUUUGCAGUUGUUCAGCGAAGGCAUUGGUCAGUUUUCAUCCUGCAAAAAUAUGGGUCUGCUAUCGCUUGCUGAAAAACACCCAACCUUCACAAAGGUCCAUUUCAUUCCGUAUUCAUCCCACACUAAUGGCCAUCCAUAGAAAGACAUAAAUAAGUGUCUUUGGUCACAACUGUUUAACCUGCAGCUGUACUCUGUCCUACAACACAUUUAAGUUGUAGUCUGUGCUACAAGUGCCUAGCCCUAAAAGAAAUUUACAUCCUGCUGACCAGUUGUUUUGUGAGCAGGGCUCAGUAGUGUGGAAAGGCUAAGGUGUAGAUUCACUCCCUCCCCCACCCCAACUUCCCAGCUGUUUUGGUUCUUUUCCAAAGGUGCAGAUGUGUGUAUCACUAGCUACUGCAUUGACCCCGUUGAAGUGUGAGCAUAAUUCCGAUUUGAAUACAAAACCCCUCAUCCUGCUUGGGGCUGUUCACACAGAAGCCUGCAUCCAUAUGUACACAGGCCAGUGGUGGUGCAGGGCAGUUGUGUAUCACUUGCCUGCUCAGACUGUACUCUUGCCUGCCACUGAUUUUACAAGCAUAGAGAUCUAGGGGAGAGAGCUUCUGAGAAUAUUACAUGGAAACGAUCAGGUUGUCAGUCUGCUCUCUUUUAAGAGCACUCUAAUAAAAUUGGCUAUUGAUUUUAAACAUGGAAUUAGGUUUACUGCUUUCAGUGGAAGAGCAGGAAACAUCUGACAUCUCAUUUCAGAGUUGGACGCUCCUUGUGGCAAAGCUGGAAGUGAAAUAUUUCUAGCAAACGGCAUUAAUAAAUCGGAUGCAAAACCAAAACAAGAAUGGUGGGUUUAUCAAGUGCACAAAAUAUAUUUAUUUAACAGCAACGGGUGCUAGGGUACAGAUGCAUGUUUCUUGAUACUACCCCCACCCCCAAAAGAGAGAGAAAUGCUUUCAACGUUUGAUACUGGUACCUUACUAUCAUAUAGCUGAUAUUUUGUUUGAAGAGCAACAUAACUCAUUCACCAAUUGAAACAUGCUGCAAUCGUUCAAUUUCAGCCGUAGCAUUUUUAAAAACUGAAGUAGGCAGAACGCCUUGUUUCAGACAUGUUAGUCACCCAGUCUCUGUAUGUUGCUUUGACACCUCUGACUUGUUUUUAGAAUGCACUUUCCCUUCUUGGGCUGAGAUUAUAUUCCAAUUCACCAGGAAGACUUAUGUCUGCAGAAGGGUGCUAUGCUUUUCCAGCAUUUAUUUUUAGAGUCGGAAUGCUUCUCCAAGACAGCCUUUUACAUAUUGUAAAGGUUCCUGGCCUCUCCCUCUCUCUUAAUUUGGAGUGUGUGUGUAUAAGAAAUAUCAAACAGACUGCCACAGACUUGGGAAUUCUUGACGCAUUUGUGUCUUGAAAGCUGGUUUAAUCUUGGAAAUGAACCAGUUGCAGCUCAUUUCUUUCACAGUAAUUCCAACUGAGCAAACUUUUUAAGUGUCCAAAGAUUUUCCUUGCAAUAAUGGAAACAACAAAAAUUAACCAGUGCCUCUCUUUCUGAAUGGAAUUCGCCACAGCACAAAACCUCAGUUUGCAUCUGAGUCAAAAUACAUGCACUUCUCCCAUCUGGCAGGAGGAGCAUUCACUGCUACUUUUGAGAGCUACCUGCCUUUGUUGUCAUUUGUCUCUAGAAACAGACAAAACCAUCAAAUACACUUUCAGAAAAGUUGGGUGGUGCCUUACUUAAUAAUACCACAGUAGCUACCUGCUACCACAGAGGAGGGACAGUCCCAUUUGACGAUUCAUUUUUUUAAAAUGAACAAAACACCACUUGGUUUAGUAUCUUGGCAGUCAACCUUGCCAUCAGUGCCACCUUCAGAUGGACAAAGUGGGGCUUGCCGACAGCAAAAUUACUUCUAAUCUGCAAGCUUGCAAGUCUUUCUUUGUAGCUGCUUCCUUACCUGCCCCACUCCUGAUGUCACCUAUGAUGUCAGGCGGGUAUGGGGGACAUGGGCUGGUCGACUGGCUUUAACCCUAUGUGGUUAGUACUGGGAAUUUCACAGUUGAACCAGAGUCUAUAUUCCUGGAUGUUUUAAAGUUGUUGCCUGCGUAAUAAGCCAUCUUUAGCACUCAAGCGCUUUUGCUGCAAUUUGUUUAUAAUUUAUGUGUUAUGUGCCGCUCUGGAAGUGAUGCUGGUUUUGGAGUGUCAAGCAGCAUUCACAGGAUUCCCAGAAACUCUGGUGGGGCUGUAUCCACAACCUCUUAGGUUGAAAUGGCCUGCAGCCCGUAAAGGUAAAGGGACCCCUGACCAUUAGGUCCAGUCGUGGCCGACUCUGGGGUUGCAGUGCUCAUAUUGCUUUAUUGGCUGAGGGAGCCAGCGUACAGCUUCCGGGUCAUGUAGCCAGCAUGACUAAGCCGCUUCUGGCAAACUAGAGCAACGCACGGAAACGCCUUUUACCUUCCCGCUGGAGUGGUACCUAUUUAUCUACUUGCACUUUGACAUGCUUUCGAACUGCUAGGUUGGCAGGAGCAGGGACCGAGCAAUGGGAGCUCACCCUGUCACGGAGAUUUGAACCGCCAACCUUCUGAUCGGCAGGUCCUAGGCUCUGUGGUUUAACCCACAGCGCCACCCGCGUCCCUCCUGCAGCCCUUAGGUUACUGCUAAUGUACCUCUUCCAUCCUGCUUCACAUUAUGCAAAACUUUAGGGUGAUGUAGUCCUUGUCCAAUGCCCUUACAGUUCCAGGAGACAUGUACGAGGAAAGCAGGAGUGAGUGUUGGGUUCAGCCUAAUCUACUCCAUAGAGGCGGUGCGAGGUUCACAUGAGAUAGCAAUAAAUUAAAACAAAGACUGCUCACCUUUGGAAUAGAGUGGAGUGGGGGGUGGGAUUACAUAAAUCAAGGCAUUAUGUUAUAUAUCAGUUUUCUUUCCAAUGUAACCUCGUUGACUAGUACGAAGGUUACUGCAGAUUCCACACACCCCAACCCCCACCAGAAUGUCUAAGGAGGGGGAGCCAGGGACCUCUACUGUCAGGGGUUCAGGGACAGAGGCACAGGGUAGGCAGGAGAUGGAGAGCGAUGGGGAUGAAUCCCAGGACAGCGAGGAAGAGGAUGACAAUGACUCAAGAGAUUCCAUGAGUCUUUCCAGCGAAUCAGAGGAUUCCCAGAAGGGGGCACCGGUGGUCAAGGCCAGGGGAGCCCCAGGGGGAACGUGUCAAGAGCAGGGGGCCAGCGGGGGAUCCCAAAGUGGCAGCUGGGUGUCAGGACCAGCCUCCCCGCCAGAGUGCAGCGAAGGGGAUGGAGGUUCCAGUGUAUCAGGGGAAGCAGCUACGGCAGCAGAGAAGGGAGGGAGGUCGGAGCAAGCCACCCUCCCGGAAGGGGAGGGGAGUAGUGAAGGGAGUAGUGUAGCUGUCAAAAGGAAGGUUAGAGGUUGGGCGCACGCGCCAAGUUCAAAUGUGAAGGCGCGCGGAAGUACAGGGAGCCCGGAGGAGGGGCCAGGUCCCAAAGCCCGCAGGAGGGGGGAAGAGCAAGCUGGGGAUUCCGCGUCAGGGGAAUCCAGGAGGGGCGAAACCCCAGCGGGCAGGAAGACCCUGAGGAAAAGGAAAGAGAGGAAGAGGUGGAGCAGAGCAAGCCUCUUAAAUUGGUGCAGGGGAGGGACUGACUCAGAGGGGACUUCAACGGUCUAGCCUCGGAUGUGAAGCAAACAAUGAACUCCAAUAAACACUUUUGUAUAUAAGAAGAGAUUGGCGUUGGUCUUUUGUGAGCUGAGACCUGAGGCAGCCCUGACAUCUACUUUUCAAAUAUGUUGAACAUCCCAAAGUGGCUGGCCUGGAGUUGUUUGGUUGGCUCAGAUACGCCUGCUUUUUAAGAUCGUCUUAUUUCCAAGUAUCCUAAAUAGCAAGUCGCGACCUCUGUGAAUGGUUUUUAUCAUAAGCAGCUAAGAAAUGAUUCCUCCAGGGAGAGAUUGCUGCAAAAUAUUGUCAACAGCAGUGCUGCAAGGUCUGUAGUAGCCUUUUAAUGUUUGUUGGUGUUGGCGCAAAGUAGAAUCUGUUAUUUCAAAACAAGGAAAGAGACUCUGAGAUGAAAAUAUUUAAUAAGAUUAAAUAUUUGUUAGUGCAAAACAGACGAGGAUGAAAAAAAGAGGGUGGGGUUUAACUAAGAACAUAUUCCUUCAGCUGCAUCAGGAAAUAAUCAAGAGCCAAAAAGAGAGUGUCUGAACUUUUGCUCCACUUGAAACAAUAACUAGGAACUUGCUUCUAUUUUAGUUUUCUUGCUUAGCCCCUUGGUUUGUAUGCUGUACAGCUUACGCUUGCCAGGUGGGAUCUACAAAUGAGAUGCCACCCAUUUUAAAAGUGUCCUUUAUUCCGGAACAUAUCAAAUGUACAGCCUUGUUACUUUUUACGUUUAAGUCUAGCAGUCCUUGUGUAGCUAUUCUCAUGCCAAUUAAUUUUAGCCUUUGUUGAGUUCUGGCGUUGAGUGUGUUGGGGUUGAGCCCAAGAGUGGAAUUCCAUGUAGUGCUAAGUGGGGUAUGAGGUUCACCUCCACAAUGGGACUUUCUCUCCCCCUCCCCUCCCCUUCCCUAAACUUGCUCUGUUUUCUCCCCACCCCUACCCUCCAAAGCAGAUUUAGAGGCCAAGGGGUGGGCUAGUCCUGUUGCACGAGUGGACCACAUUCUGCACAUGCAACCAUUAGCCCAGAGAGACUUUGAUAGACCUUGCGGGAACUUGUCAUCUCCAGAGCAGUGGCUGAGGAUAAAAUGGACCAUCCUUGGAUACCCUUGAAGGGAAGAGGGAAGGGAUACAUGUGUUAUAAAUAAGAUGUCUGGCCACCUUGAUGAUUUGGGGCUUUGCUACAUUCCUAUGUAGAGGAUGGCAAGGCUUGUUUUGUCGGCAUCAGAAGUAUGUUACAUGUGCUUUGUUUAUCCUUGUUGGUUGGCUGGUUUGCAUUGUUGUGGAGAGGAAUCAGUAAAGGUAGUCCCCACCUGCAGUUUGACGGGGUACAGCUGACAGCAGAUGGGAUUACCAUCUCAUGUGCAGCCUGUGAGAACUACACCAUAGUUUGUAGGUGACACUUUUUGCUGAAUGUGAUGUCUCCCUCCAUAGUCAGUUUUUAAUUAUUCAUUCCUGCUAUUGCCCUUUUUACUACUACAUAACACUUUUAAUUUACACAGUAUUGCAAUCUUUAAUGUGUUUGCUUUCAACCCAAUCCUGUGAGGUAGCUCAUUUAAUAUCCCCAUUUUUUAGACCAGCAGUGAGAACAGUGAUGUUCCCAAAGUCUCACAGUGAGUCUAUGGCUGAGCUAAGACUUUUUAUCAUUGAACACAUUGCCUCUUGGGUAGCAUGACUGCCUCUUAAUUGGAUUUUCAGCUGUCUUCUGGAACUGUGUCCCCAUUUUGUUGGCAGCAUAAGUGACGCCUGUUCUGUUUAAUUUGCCUCUAGGUCAUGGGGAAUGCCACUGUGGGGAGUGCAAAUGCCACCGUGGUUACAUCGGGGACAACUGCAACUGCUCGACAGAGACGGGCCAGUGCCUUUCCAACGAUGGCCAGAUGUGCAGUGGCCGAGGCAACUGCAUUUGUGGGAAGUGCCAGUGCACAGAACCAGGUGCCUUUGGAGAGAUGUGUGAGAAAUGCCCUACCUGCCCAGGCGUCUGCAGCACAAAAAGGUAUUCUGUGAGCUAGCUAGAGUGAAAACCCUUCAAAUAACAACUUGAUGACAGUGCCUGAUUAUGUCGCUCUCCAGCUUCAUUGGUGUCCAUCCCACCUGCCGAUAUACCUACAAAAAAUCAGGAAGCGAUGAUGCAUCACAGCUUGAACUUUACUUAUCACUAGAAUUCAGUGAGGUAGCUCAUCAAUAUUCCCAUUUUCCAGUUGGGGAAUCUGCAGCUGAGACAUGUGACAUGUCCAAGACUACAUCCAUGAGUCCACUGUGCUUAUUACGGCUUAUUGUAGAUGAGACUGUAGCUUUGAAGUACUUUCCAUACCUGAAGUCUUUGGCUCAGUUUUUGGCCUCAGCAGUUAAAAAGGUAGAAUUGGGGGGAAUCCGUUUGAGCUAGAGGGUAGGAGACUCAACAGUCCCAGGAUUAUGCAUCCACCGUCUGUUUUCAUGCAAGGCAGCAAAGGAUGUAGUUCUGUGGUAGAGCAGCUGCUUUGGAAGCUGAAAGCCCCAUGUUUGAUCCCUGACACCUCCAAGCAGGACUGGGAAUGUGUCCUGGCCGAGAGCCUGGAGAACUACUCCCAGUCUGCAUGGACAAGGACCAAUGAUCUGACUUGAUAUAAAGCAGCUUCCUAUGUUGCUGUGUUCUAUAGUUCUAACAUCCAUUUAGUUUGCAUUGAUGGAUGUUUGUUUUGCUUAAUGGCACUUGUUCAGGCUUGUACAGCUGGUGACACCCUGCCACCCCCAAGCUGAAUGCAACUCCUUGCUUUUGUACUGGAACCUGUCAGGUAUCUGACAACCUCCAUUUCCCCCCAAUUCCAAAUCAUAUAGCAAAAGCAGGUUUAUGAAGCUGUAAUAUGUGCCUGGUAUGCUGUGUUUUCAGCUUGACAGUUCAUAUGUUGUGGAGGCAUGCAUUAAUAGUAUUGUGUAUAAUGAAAUGCAUGAAAGAAUGCAAAAUGAUCUGAAGCAAUAUGCAUUUUCUUUUUCAUUUCAAUUUUACACAGCCUUAACCGGCUAAUUCUCUGUAUUAGCCUCCAAAGGUUGGAUACCUUCUCUACAAAACAGGACUGUCUUAAAUAUAAUUUCCCAGUGCAAAUCCUUUUUGGGGUUCUUCUUAUCACUUCCCCUUUCUUCCUUUUUAAAAAGUAUUAUUAGAGAGUGACUAUUUCUUCUUGAAUGGGAACCGUUUCUCCUUACAUACAAGAAACAAAUGUGUAGCCAUGUCCCCUGUACCAAUAAAAUCAGCAGCAGCCUUUAUAUGUGGUUGCCACAGAGGGGGAAAGGUUUUAUUUUGAGAAAACGUCUGUCCAUGUUAUUCCCCAGGCAAAUAGUGGUUGCUACUGUGCACUGAGACUUGUGGGGCAGAAUACAGGGAGGCCAACAGUCGGUGGAGCCAGAGAGGAUAGACAAAACCAGUGACAGACAGAACCCACUAAUUCUAGUUUCGCUCCCAUCCUCCUUCCUGCUGAGUUCUACGAUGGGAACACUUGAGACUAAGGAGGAGGAAGCUGGUGGCAGUGCCACUUCCCUGGACUGGUUCUAAGCAAGAAGGCAGGUGGGGACCGGCCGAGGGUAAACGGAGGUUGGUGGGGCAGUGCCCCAUUCCCUAUGGGGGCAGACUCCACUGCACGCAGAUGUGAUUUGAAGGGAAGUCUAUCAAUCUCCUCUCAUUCCUCUUUCUAAGGGACUGCAUUGAGUGUAUGCUGUUUAACUCAGGAAGACUGGCUGACAACCAGACCUGCCAAAAACACUGCCGGGACGAGAUCAUUACUCGAGUGGAUGUUCUCAGUAAGUACAGGCAAGAUAAACUAGGCAGAAUCCUGGCAGAAGUUGAUGCUGCUUAUCAAAGUCUCACCACUUUAGGGGAAAGGGAAUUUGGAAUGUAUUUCUUUAAAAUGUAGACAAAUGGUUGAAUGUAUUAGAAUUGUAAGGGAAAGGAACAUUAAAGAACAACUGUGUGCAUAAGGUAGGAAGAGAAGUAGCUGAGAGGUGAUCCUGUUGUAUAGAUAUAUUGGCUAGUGAUACAGGAGACAAUAGUUUCAGUUAAACAGGAGUGGUCUUUCUGUGGCCCUCCACUUGUUGCUGGACUACAAUUCCCAACAUCCCUUAGCAUUAGCCAUGCAGACUGGGGCUGAUGGGAGUUGCAGUCCACCUCUGAGUUAAAAGAAAAUUGUUGUUGCAUGAUCUAAUGGCAACAGAUAUAGCCAGCCACUCUCUGUCUGGAGUACAUUGUCAUGUGGACUGAGUAGUUUGGUAUCUCUGGACUUAAAGCUUUUGUCACAUUCCAUUUCUCGUGUGUGUGUGGCAUUUGCGGGGGGGACGGACCAUCACAGCUGUAGCUGCUCAGCUGUACUUGUGGCUCAACCCCACUCCCACCAGUUCACAGACAAUGACUAUUUGCCAUUGCAAAUGUUGCAACAUACUUUUUUUCUUCCUCUUUGUCUGUCUGUGGUGAGUUUGUUUGCUAUUUAAAUGUGACUCCAUUAUGAACCCCUAGGGAGAAAAGUCCAGAUUUUUUCAUUAAUGGCAUCCAAAACUGCCACAGAGGUGCGGGGUGUGUGGGGGUGUGUUCUUAAAAAUGCCCCUGAAAGCCCUUCUGGGUAUUUGUAUAAACUUCAGAUAACAACAUGCAUACAGAUAACCCUGAAAUGCAGGCUUUUCGUUUGAAGCUGCUUUCCAAACUCAUAUGCUUAAGCUCUGCAGAGAUAACGUAGCCAAUAUUGUGUUGAAUUGCAUGCAAAGCUCUUCCUGUGUAAACAGAAAAAUUCUGGAGAUCCACUUUUGGGAAGUGAUUUGCACCAGCUUUAUAAGUCUAGGGUAGAAUUGAACUGAAACAUUUGCGUUCCUUACUUGCUCCUUUAUGGGGUCUCAACAGAGGCAUGGACUCUAUGGCUUCUGUAGCCACCACAAUUUGGACAGAGCAUAACUAUGGUGGCAUAGUGAUCAUAUUGGACUCCUUCAAACAUACUUCCUCACCUCUGCCCCAGAGUGGCCUAUUGGGAUCCAGCCUCUUCCAGGCCCUGGUUCAACACUUUCACAGCCUCUCCCGAUUCAGACGGAAUGGGGAGAAAUAUGUGUGCCAUCCAUGCUCCAAAUCCCUGGAUGACAGCUCCCAUUGGCUUCAUAUAGAUGUUGAAUAAUAUAGGAGAAUGGAUCCUUCUGCUUCACCUUCACAUGCAGUGGCCAAACCUGCAGUAGAUGGGUUUUUCCUGCAAACCCAUCUGAUGGGCCUUUUCAUUUCAUCUAACAGCCUGUCCUUAUAUGAUCCACUGGGGGUGGGGGGAGAAACUGCUUGAAACAGCCGUGUCUGCCCCUCCUCCUCCCCCAACUUCCCCCUUUCUCUCAAAAAUGACCCUUCAAGCAAUUUCUGGCAAUAAAAACCAUUCAGCACAUUUUUGAAAUGCAAACACAGUGGAUUGAUUGCAGUUUUGAUAACAUCUCCACUUUGUCAGCACUUUGCGCCUCAAAAUGAGACUGUUGUCUGUGGAGUAUUCAAAAACGAAGGCAAGAGGAAAGCAAAAGGAAUCCACGGGAGAGAGUGCAAUCCCUUGGCAUUGAAGCCAGCAUCAUUUAGGAGCCUCGUUUUCUCAAUCUUCCUUUUGUUAUUAGGGCUUUACUUAUUAGCCUAAACCAGAUAGGCCUUUCGUGUGCAUUCUUCUGAAAAUCUGUAGCUGGGUUCAAAAAUGAUGAGAUGGAAUGUCUGAUCAGACCCUAGGAGCCUUUACAAAUUGUUGGUUUAUUGCUCAAAAAGUGAACUUGAUACUUGGUUUUAGCAGUGUUCCAAACAACUAGCAUGAGAAACAGUGGGAUACACUGCUUUCCCUCAAAUACCACUUACGUUUUUUGUUUUAAUUAGUUUUUUGUUAAAGAUUUUUGUGUUACAAAAUGAACGGUUAAGGUACAUCUGUUGCCUCCACUUUCAAUUCAGUCUUUUUCACAGUUCCUUUACAUUUAGUGAGAGACACUUUUGUCAUUGACAUACUGCAUUUGGGGGGAAAGAGUGUGUGGACAUUUUGUUCUUUUGUUCUAUUGCCUAUUAUUAGUGUUGGGGGUUUGUGUCAGCAUCACAUGGGUAGGUCCUUUGUUUAUGUAUUUAUUUUUAUUGAUAAUGCGAAAGGUUAGGGGUCCGGUCCCAAGCUUGGUUGGCUGCAUUCAGUUGAUUGCGGUGUGGCUUGUUGGGGGGGGGGGUAGGUUGUUGGGUCAGGUUAGCCAAAUUGAUUCGUAUGCUGUUUGUGGGGAUAGAUCAUUGUCCUGUUGUGCUGUGUAUGUAAAGGGGAGCCAUACCACGGUGAAGGCAUCCUUCUUGGCUUGUCCCCAUGCUAGUUUGAGUUUGUUCGUUAACGUUUACUAGUUUAACUUCUUGGUAAGGCUCUAGAGCAGAUAGAGAACCCAUGGUCCUCCAGAGGUGGUUGGGUCUUCAGCUGCCAUCAGCUCCAGCCAGCAUGGCCAAUGGUUAGGGAUGAUGGGAGAUGCAAUUCAGCAACAACUGGUUUAUAACAAUAUAAGAGCCGGCUGGAUUAGGCCAAUGGCCCUUCUAGUCCAGCAUCCUGUUCUCACAGCGGCCAACCAGAUAGAUGCCUGUGGGAAACCUGCAAGCAGGAUCUGAGCACAAGAGUACCCUCCUGCAAUUUCCAACAACUGAAAUUCAGAAUUAUUCUGCCUCUGACCAUGGCACAGCAUUGCCUCCACAGUUCAUGGAGACAGUGCAUAGCCUCCAUUAUGGCUAGGUGUCUCAUCCUCCAUGACAUCUGUUUUAGAAGGUCCAUCAGAACUUCUCCAGUGAUGCACUACUGAAUCAAGAUGUUUAGCAGGGUUACAUUUGAUUCCUCUCCUGACUGAAUGUCUGUAUACCAGUUGCUCUUAGUUUGGUCUGAAGUUGUACAUGUACAGGUAGGGAUUUGUGGGCCAUCUGCUAUCAGGAGUAAUGAAGGUUGAGGCAUCUUUGAAACAGAAGCUCUUUGUGGCGACUGCAGAGGUCUGUGCUUCUGACACGGUCCACAAGCCAUCUGCCAAGCAGCCAAACGCUCACACAGUAAGAGAGAUGAAAAGGGAAGACAUCAGAUUCUUAACAUGGGAGCAGGAGCACAGGCAGAUGAAAAGUAACCUGCUCAAGGAUACUUGAAGGGCCAAUCCUCCCAUACAAUCCUGCCUCACCCAUUCAGAUCCACCAAUGGAAACAUGCAGUUGCUGGGUGAAUGGGAUUUCCUUGUUUUCACACCCAGGCUUUGACACUCGUAAGUCUGAGGGGCCUUGGUGUUUUGCUGUGUGGUGGAAACAAAACUUUAUUGUCAGGCUUUUGGCCUAGGCUACUGAAUAUUAUUUUUUACUUCCUGCUAUAAUUUUGUUAAGCUAUGGCAUUGCUCAACUAUGUUUCAAAUACUUUUUGUAUGGCGUCAUUAUAUUGCUGGUAGUCACAAAGUUUAUACAUACAUACAUACAUACAUACAUACAUACAUAGUGUGGCUUUGCUUUUUCUAAGCACUCCCAUUAGAAACUUGAUUGCUUAUUCCCCAAGGGGACAAAGUAGUGUUUAAAAACUGCAAACCCAUAUGGGCAAAAGUGAGAGAUUUGCCAAUGAGACCUGCCUGAGGAUGCAAUUUUCUGACCUGCCCCCAGAUCUCCGGCCACAUAACUAUUCAGUUUAAUGCCUUCACUUGACCCUAUGCAGCGUAUCUAUCACAGCAUGUUUUUCUGUAAUGCACAACAUUGACCUUAUCAGUGUUGAAUAUUUUAAUCUCCAUCUCCCCGCUACUCCCUGUGCCCCAACUGGAUUGCAAAAUUAAGCUUAUUUCCAGACAAUUACUUCCUCCAUGGAGAUUGGCAUAAGGAAAUGAAACUUCCUCUUCCAAAGAAAGCCUUCCAAGUUUCAGUUUUGUUUGGCCUUCUUUCAGAGACACAUAGAAAUUCCUCUUUAAGGAGGGCAGGGCCAUACCAACAUCUCCUUUGCAAUCUUGGAGUUGUGUUUAUCCAUAGCUUUCAAAAUGUUUAGGCAUGCAGCCGAGUCAAUCUUUCACCUACUCACUAUGUUAAUGGUUUCAACAAUUUUAGACAUUUGAAUGGUUUCCUAAUUUGCUCCAUAUGUACCAACAGGAAGGCCGUCAUAUUGAAAGGAAUCCAGAGACCCAAGAGACUUAGAAUCUCAACAUAUUCUUCCAUUUCUGGGGUCAAACUAAUGGUAAUUCAAACAUGUGUUUUGAUGCGCUGAACAAAUGCCCAGCAAAACAAAGGGAGCAUCUAAUGCUGGGGAUAUGUUAUAGGUUGAAAUGUUUUUCAACAUAUGCCGCAAUAUGCUAGGGUUUUAAAUCUUUGUGUUAUAAAUAGGAUUGUGUUACAUUUUAUUCCAGAAACUGAUGACCCUCAUUCAGUCUUGUGUGCUUACCCAGUGAAGGACUGUGUGAUGAAGUUCACCUACACGGAACUCACCAGUGGAAAGACAAACAUCACUGUUCUCAAGGAACCAGGUUUGUUAUAUCGUGCAUGCUUUGUGCUGUUUGUCCAUACCACCAAGGCAAAAGUUUGGUUGUGGACUUGACUGUAGAAUCCCUUAGAAUAUUUUGCUUCUUUUAACACCACUAAGGGUACAAGACCUUGGAUGUUGUCCCUAAAUACUCUUUCCCUUUUCAGAUGUGCAGAAAACACACGAGCAGUUUUAGGUAUUUAAGGCGAACCAAGCCUUCCCCCUUUGGGGGCUUUAGUGUGGUGGGGCCACUUCCACAGCCCUGCCAUGCACAACAGCCAGGGCUGAAAGUGAGGGUUUAAAUUGCUGCACCAGCCUGGAGAUGGUGCAGUGAUGGAGCCUGAUGCUGAUGGAUCCUAGGCUAGCUCAGCCUCCCUGCCCCCCAUAUACCGUGUUUUGAGACCUUUCACUGGCUGCCCAUAGUGUCUGUAUAUUUCAAAGGGGCAGUUCUGCAUUGCACUGUUGAAGGCAGCCGAGUCCAGCUUAGCUGGGAGGAGACAGCUGAGCACAAGAGGGGUUUGGAUUGCUCUGCCCACUAAUUAAUUUUCACUAUGGGGGAAAAUACUGCUUGUAGGUUAAGCCAGAAGAACAGAUUCACAUAGGGAGUGGUCCACAGAAUACUAGUGAGAGGGGAUGAAGGUUGAUGGUCAGUAAUCAGUGCCAGGCACAUCUGGAGCACAUCAGAAGAAUCUUGUGUGAUGGGAUGAUGAAGUCAACUUACCUCAGUGUUGCAAGCAUUCUUGCCAGAAGAAACAUCUGAGCCAAUUGGAGCUUAUUGGCUAGACCCAAAUCCCCACCCUUAUUUUUAAGUCUAACUAUGACCAAAGUAAAAAAGAAUCUAGAUAAGCAAUGGUAUAGCAUGAUAAUCUAAAGCUCCUGAUCUAAAUAGCUCCAGUCUUCGGGGAAAGAGUCCAAUAUUGGAUUUAAAAUUUAAAAAAUUAAUACUUUUGUAGUUGAAAAGUUAGGCAGUAUUGUGCCCUACCUUAGCUUUAGGGAAUUGAAUGCAGUUGCUGCCCUGGCCUUGGCCUCCUGUCAAAUUAGCUGAGCUGUGAGCUUGAGGUGGGUGGGGCAUCAUUUUCAGAUGGCAUUCCUUUCUAGGUGACUUUGGGGCUGCAUGCCAGUGGUGGACAGGGCAGAGCAAUGGAUGUAAAUUUUAUCUAUGUAAAGUAGGCCAGUUUGUAUACGCACCUGCAUUCCCCUCUCUAGCUUCCACCUAGACAAGCAAGAGGCAUUAUCAGAGUUCAAGGACGCAUUCUGAGCCAGGCAAACAUGCUCAAGGAGCGUGUGAAAUAGAAUGUGGCCUGGGAAGAGUGUGGCUGAGGAAAGGGUGAAACUUGGGAAGAGCCUAGGCUGAGGUUCCCCACCCGUUCUUAAAAAUGCUAUACAUAUGGAGCUGUCCCAUGCAGCAAGCAAAAAGACAUGUGAAAUUCCCCAUCCAGUGACCUUAUAUGUGCACAGAAGUAGCCACUUGCUGGAUUGGGGAUAUAUAAAAACUCAGCUGCUGCAACAAUAUAUAUGCUGCAAAUGAAUUAGCAGAGCUGAUCAUAUGUUAAUAGUUAACUGUUGUCUCUGAAAUACUGCAUCAUAAAUUCUGCUGUUGGUUCUGAACCUUUCAGGCUUGAUAAACACCUGUAUUUGAAAAGGCAAGUUCUGAUGUUUACACUGGAUUUAGACAGUGUCCUUAUCAAUGAUAAUCAUUUCUUUUCCUUGCCAGAGUGUAGCACUGCCCCUGAUGCCAUGAUGAUCUUACUGGCUGUGGUAGGCAGCAUUGUGCUCCUGGGGAUUGUCCUCUUGGCAAUUUGGAAGCUGCUGGUCACUAUUCAUGACAGGCGGGAAUUUGCCAGAUUCCAAAGUGAGCGUUCCCGGGCAAGAUAUGAAAUGGUAAGCAUUCACUUCAUGGGGGGAACCAGGAAAGAGCUGGAAAAGGGCUCCGUGCAUAGGGGUGGGAAGAAAUGUGCACUGAGGAGUACAGAGCAGGAAGGGAAAGUCUCGCUUUACUCUGUUCAGGGAAGGAUUCAUGAGGGCUGCUUGAGACCAGAAUGGUGUGCAGGGAGGCAGAGGUGGCUCAGGUGCAGGGAUGCAAACACGUGCAGCGGCUGUGUUGGGGGCAGCUGAAGAGCCGCAAUGUACUGGCAGCUCAAAUUGCCUUUGCCCAGGAGGGCAGGCUGCGGCUUUGCUCUUGGGGCGGUUGGUCACUCCAUGAAGAAGACACGAGGCAGACAGAUGCAGGGAGCUUGAGAAUGUGCUACUCAGGCUCCAUGCGCUUGGCUGCCACCUGCCUGCUUGGAGAGACAGUGUGGCUUCCUUGAGCUGGUCAGGUGGGGAGAGGCAGCCCCCCCCCCCCCCGAUCAAGCGAGGCAUCAGGGCUCGCUCAGUUGGGGGGGGGGCUGCCUCCACCUUCACACUGGAGGGCUCUUCUAGUCAGUCACUCCUGAAGGGACAAAGCAGCUGGCCUCUGCCAGCCCCCUCCCCACCCCCAUGGCAGAGGGACUCAGGAGUGACAGUGGUUUCACCAGUGAUACAGUGCUAGUUGACGCCUCUAUCGCAGUCUGGCUGUCAUACUGGUCCUGGGUGAUGCACUGAUACAUCACCUAGGCCUACACAACACUAUUACAGACUUUAGGAGUGCAUGGGGAAAGAGUAGCAAAAUAACAUUAAGGGGAGGGGGAAACAAAUGAGAUUCCAUUGAUUUUAGCAGAACUUGCAUUUGGUUUGCAUGUCCAGAGUUUAAUCUCCCUGUAAAUACACAGUUUAUAUCACUUCCUUUUUUUCUUUUUUGUAGGCUUCAAACCCUCUUUACCGAAAACCUAUUUCCACCCAUAGCUUAGAUUUCACAUUCAACAAGCUUAACAGGACCUAUAAUGGUACAGUUGAUUGACACUAUGCUUGAAGGUGGAAGAGAGAGUGGAAUGCUUGACAAUUGCUUGGCUUCCUCACCGCUUCCCAAAAAGGAAGACUGAAUCCUCUACAGUGGGACAGUAUUCUAAACUUUGACUUGAAUGUCAGGAGAUGGCUUCUAUUGCACAUUGAGGACAAAUGGGUAGCAGCCCAUGUGCUCUGCAGAUCUCUAACCCAAGCCCCGCUGAUGUGCUCAGAAUGUGUUGUCACUGACCUGGAGUUCUUGAUGCCUUGGAAGCGCCAACCUAUUGAACAAUGUGCCAUAUAGCAGCUUCAGCCAUAUCUCGGUAGGAAAAAAACAUGCAGGUCCAUUUCAUAGGGGUAUUGUGUCACUGCUGGUUUUCAGGGGAGAAAAACUAGCAUUGGAGAAGGUGGUGGAAGCAUUGGUUUUUUAAAAAAAAAAUAUCCAGGUGUUAAACAGUUUUUAGAAUAAAUUUUUAUAUUAAAAAAAAAAUAAAAGCAAUUGCAUAUAUGUGCUAUGAGUAUACUUAUUCCUUUGCUUCCAUGAUCAAGUUUCUUUUAUGAAAGAUGUGUUGCACUAUAUUUAAGGGCUUUUUAUCAGAAUUUAAAUUAAUAUAAACAAGGAAGACUGCUUGUUCAGCCCAUCAGUUUUAGGUUAACCUGUACACUUACAAACUGCUCAGUUAUCUGAAAUUCUACACAUGCUUAGCAUCUGGUUGUUAAUCUUUUUAACCUGAAUUUAUCAGCCCCUAUUUGCUCACUACGUGACCCAUGGUGAAAAUAAAAUAAACCCAAGUGU